GCGGCGGGGACCGGGCGAUGGCGGCGCUGACUGGCCCUGGGCGGCCGCCGCGGCAGGGCGAUGGCGGGGCCCGCGGGACCCUGGUCGCGGCCCUGGCGCUGCUGCUGCUGCCGCUGCUGCUGCCGCCGGGCGUGGCGGGUGAGUAACGGUCUUGGCGGCGGGGCGGAGGGAGGCCGGUCCCCUGCCUGGGCUGCCCCACCCCCGCCGGGCAGCGGCCGGAGCGCGGCCGGGGGGCCUUCGAGGGGGAGGGAGGACCAGGCUCCUUUUCAAAAUAAGAAUUAGAAAUCUCAGCGAUGCACUGUGGAGAGAAAGGGAGAGCAGGCAGACACGUGUCAGAAGAACGCAACGUGAGAAGAGUCCUUCAGGGUCAGGCCACUGGCCCCUCUGCGGCCAGCCGGAUGCCUCUGGGAAGCCUGCAAGCGGGAGCGGAGCCCAAGAGCCCCUCGCUGCCAUCCCUGACAGCCUCCUCCUCCUCCUCCAUGGUUUUGUCCAGUCUUACAUUAAAAGCAUCCAGGCGGCUGGCCGUCGUUCUCUCCUGUGGGAGUGAGUUCCAUAGUUUGUGCGCUGCAUGAAGAAGCCCUUUCUUUUCUCUGCAUUCAGCUUCCUGGGAUGCCCCUGAGUUCUCCUGUCAUGAGAGACGGGAGAAAACUUUCCUCUGUCCUCUUUGUCCGUGCCCUGCAUAAUUGCAUGAACUUCUCCCAUGUCUCCUCUGGCUCGCCUUUUCUCUAAACAUAUGUGACCAUUUAAGCAGGGCAGGGCGCAGCUGAGCCUCCGGUUUGAACAAAGGGCCUUUUUGCGCUCCUUAAGGGUGCAGUCAGGGAACAAAUCCCCCAUUGGGACACUGACAGGACAGGGAGGAAAGGGUGAGCUUCUCCCACUCUGGUGUUGAUCAUGCAGACAUCCUUUUGCAUUUAACACAUGUUGUGUGAUGCAAAGCCGUUGAACUUUCUGGUGUCUUGCCGUUCAGUUUUAUAUUGCAGCCUUCCUUUGAAGUUCCUUUGUUCCAGUUAGGGAACCUUAGAGUCAGAUACAGAGUGUUUUUGGAAAUGUUCUUGGAGGUUGAAAUGUUACCUUAUGAUGAAGCACACAUAUUUUCCUGGCUCACUUUGAUUCAGUUUUCUUUUACUUCAAUGCCCUUAGGAAGCAGUUGAGAAAUCUAGAAUUUCAAUGUACAGUCGUACUUUGGUUCUCGAACAGAAUGCGUUCUGGGAGUCCGUUCGACUCCUGAAACUGUUUGAAAACCAAGCGUUGCUUCCGAUUGGCUGCAGGAGCGUCCUGUAGCCAAUUGGAAGUUGCGGAAGCCACGCUGGAUGUUUGGCUUCUGAAAAUCGUUUGAAAACCAGAACACUUCCAGAUUUUGAUCGUUCGGGAGCUGGUUUGUUUGGGAGCCAAGGCGUUUGAGAUCCAGGGUACGACACUAACUUAUUGGGCGGUAGGUGUUCCACCCCAAUGAAGAACUCAGAUUGUGUUUGAUAUUUGUAUUUGUGUGUUUUUAGAUUUAUUAUUAUUUUACGUGAGGGGGGGAUUAUUCUACUAAUGCAUAUUAAUUGCACCAUUAUGGUACCCAUAUUGCUGUGGGGCAUGCUGUGCCUGUGAUACAAGGCUCAUGUAAUCCUUCCCAAGUAACUCCACUUUUUUAUAUCCAUAUUGCUAGGAAAGAGAGCUGAAAGAGAUACUUGUGUGUCACAGCCCUGCAGUGUAGUCCAGUGCUGAGCUCCUGGCAUUUUGCUUUCCUCCCCAGGAAAAUGCAGUUGAGAAGCAUGCCUCUGAAACUGUAGCAGUCAUGCUGGGGUGGUGGUAAAACAGGUGAUUAAUUUCUUUCCAUCCAUGGGGAAAAUUAGGAAGACUUGUGAGUGGGCAGAUGCAUGGAAUGUGUUUGUCAAAACAGCCAUGGGGGGAAGUCUUAAUCCCUCAUCCCCCAGUGCUUCUAACUUACGUGGUCAAUUCUCCAGCCCUCCCCUGCAUUUCUCCUAAAAACAAAAAGGCAAAACAACAGUGGGCAGUUUGAGCUUAUGUGUUGUUUAAAUUUUCUACUCCAUUUCAUCUGGUCUCCAGCCAUACUGUCCCCCUCCCCCAAGCACAAACCAGAGGUCUUGACAGAAGUUUGCUUAGUUCACUUGCUCCCUCUCAGCCCAAAUCCAGUGCCCAGUGGCAUCCAGAAAUCUCAUGCUCCAUUUUUUUCUUUCUUUCAUGGUACAGAAGAUAAAUUUUGAGAAAACAAUUGUUACAACAGUAAACAACAAGUAACUUGUUCUGAUAAAAUUACAGACUCAUGCCACGUGUUAAAGUUUCAUUUGAUUACUCUAGAUCAUGCCACAUUUCCCAUGAGUGCAGGGUAGAUUCCUGCCACAGUCUGAACAAUUUAUGUAUUCAAUAAACAUUUGCCAUAUAUUAUGAAAGGAAUAUGGAUUGUGUUUACCUUUGCUGCUCUCACAUGGCAUGUUAGUUUCUCAGCCAAUGCUAUUAACCAUACUCUGUUAUACCAAGAAUCAAUGUUCAGCCCAUCACCAGUUUUCCAGCAUCUAGCUAUCUCCAGAAGAGCAGCAGUCAAUAGAAAGGCUAAGGGGUCAUCUUUAGGAUAAUCAUGAGCAGACAGGAUAAUCUCAUGCUCCAUUGACUUACCUGCAGUAACAUACAUUGCACUGUUGUCCAAAUGUAGCUUAAGAGUUUCACAAAAGGCACCCUCAAAACCUGCUUUCUGUUGCACAAAGGUACAUGGUGCUUGUUCAUUUUUUGUUUCACCCCUACCUGAUAUCAUGAAGCAAACUUUUAGGACAAAAAACCCCCACACCCUUCCUUAUGGAUUGAAAUUGACAUGGCUUUAGCCAUUUAUCAGGUUUAUUAAUAAAUGAAAGGAGAGUAGCCAACAAACAGGCCCACCAAUUACUGUUCUGUUUUAACUCCAAAGCGUGCCACCUGGCCCUGGAGCUUUGGCAGGAUUUUGACUGAUGGAUCAAUUGCUUAACUUCAUUUCUCAUAAUGGGAAGCUUUUCAAGAGAGUCAUGAGGCUAAUAAGAGGUAUGGGUUGUCGGAAGAUUUUGAAAAUAAUUAGAAAUUGACCAAAAAGGCUCUCUGAAACCCAAAGCUCUCUGGCAAUAGAUGACAGUGUUCCAGAAGUGGGAGGCAGGUAUUGGUUGCUGCCACAAAUUCCUGGCAGUCUCAAGGUUUUGUUUUGUUUUUUGUUUUUUACAUCUUAUACUUCUUUACAGCUUAUUCAUACAAUAAUGGACAUAUAGGCAGUGUAGUUUGCUCAUAUGAUUAGUUCACAAUCUGUCAAACCAGUCCAUAGCAAGUCCCACUAGCCAAAUUUCAACAUAAAUUGGCCGCUCUCUGGUGAAGGUCCGCUACUAUUUGUCUUUACAAUUCCAUUGUUUGGGGAGAGUCAGUGAUUCCGAGAAAAGUAGCCUCUGUUGCAUUAGAUCACCUAAUUAUUUUAUUACCCUCUCUGACACUAAGCAUUUUAGAGGGUAAAUUCACAUCUGAAUUUAAGUUUGAUUCCUUUGGUAAGACCAUGGUCUACUUGAAGGACAAGGGGUUGCUGUGAGUUUGCUAUCUCAAUUACCUUUGGAUUGUUGACAAUACCCAGCUAAUUCUCCUUUACUGUUGACUUAGUGCAACAUUUAGGACUUUUGUGGGGUCUUGAUUGUCAGUCCAAACAUUCAGGUGAAUUGAAAAUGCUGAUGGUUAACUUGGCUGCCCAGAAAGCAGCCCUCUGAUUCAGAUCAGAUUAUUUGAAGGUCCAUAAGGAUGACAGCAGGUGAUAGGUAAAUUACCACUGGCAAAUACACAUUGUGCAAAAUUUGGGACAGUUCUAAAGCUCUUAAGUCUCAACAGCAAUGCAAACAAUAGUGUCUCACAGGAUGAAAGUUCUGUCUUUCAUCUUGUACAGGACACCUGAUACAGAGAAUGCAGCAUACCAAUUCAAGAACAUAGUAUGUUGUGUGUGUGUGUGUGUGUGUGUGUGUGGCAUAAUCUAUAAGCAACGUUCCAGGCUCACAGCCUUAAAUGCACACAGCCUGCCAUAUAAUUUAGUCUGUCUGUCCCAGAAAUAUUGUUAUUUUCCCUGUCUUUGUCUUCAAAGACACUGCCAUUUGACAUUUGUGGAUUCACUACUGUAUGGUUCAAUGUUAUAUACUUUUAGGUGGGAGUUGAGAGUUCAUACGGUUCCAAGUAUUGAUAGGCCCACCAGUUAAGUGUUUUUGAGUCUAUAGCCUUGGAAGCUACUUUGUUGCCUGCUUGAACUGGGCAUUCCUUUGGUGUGUGAUCUCCCACAUUUGGUAAUCAUCCUGAAGGAUAACUUAAUAUAAUACCAAUCAUAACUUGUUUUCAGUUGUGCUAUAAGAUAAACAAACAAACAAAAAAACCUGUAGCAAAUUAAAUAACUGUUUUUAAAGGUUUAGAAUUUUUUACUUAGUACUAUUAUUAAAUUGGGAUGGGAGUGGCGCUGUGGGUUAAACCACAGAGCCUAGCACUUGCCGAUUAGAAGGUCAGCGGUUUUAAUCCCCACGACGGGGUGAGCUCCCGUUGCUCGGACCCUGCUCCUGCCAACCUAGCAGUUCGAAAGCAUGUCAAGUGCAAGUAGAUAAAUAGGUACCCCUCUGGCGGGAAGGUAAAUGGCGUUUCCGUGCGCUGCUCUGGUUCACCAGAAGCGGCUUAGUCAUGCUGGCCACAUGACCCGGAAGCUGUACGCCGGCUCCGUCGGCCAGGAAAGCGAGAUGAGCGCCGCAACCCCAGAGUCGGCCACGACUGGACCUAAUGGUGAGGAGUCCCUUCACCUUUAUUAUUAAAUUUAUUACCUGCUCUUCACCAGCAGGUCCUCAGUAUUAAAAACAGUUAAAACAACAGACACAGAAAUAGAGUGGAUCCUGAAAACACAUGUAUGACAUGCCACGUGGCAGGGUCUUCAACAUUCACAGCUAUCUAGUGAAGAUGCCGGACACACCUUUGUAGGGAGGGAAUUCCACAUAUUUCAGGACUGCCACAGAGAAUGUUGGCUCCUUCUGCACUAAUGUGGGCAGAGGAAUUACCAAGAGUGCCCCCUUGAUUUGUAACACCUGAGAGGGUCUAUAGAGAAGGAGGUGGUCUCAGAUUUCUGGUGCCUAUGUCUUUUAGAAAUGUUAGCACUAGUGUGAGCUCCUUGAAUUGGGCCUGGAAACUGGCAGCCAAUGCAGCUCUUUUACAAUGAGUGCUAUGAGUUCUAAAGGGAACCCCAACUGGUACUCUGGCCACUGCAUUUUGAACCAGUUGAAGUUGCUGAGUAGUUUGCAAGGGCAGCCCCAUGUUGCUGCUUAUUGACACUAAAAAGUAGCCAGACUGGUCUUUGCAGAAGCCAUGCUGGUUCUUUGACAAACAUGUUCUUCUGUAUGCUUGGUAAUUUUAUCUUCAAUAAUGCUUUCCACCAGAUUUCCCAGAACAGAUGUCAACCUAGCCAGAUAUUUUAAAAAAUGAGGUUAUGUAGCUCACUUGCCAAUCCUCAGGUACAAUAGGCGGCUUUAGGAGCAAACUACAUAUUUGAAUGGCAAAAAACAGUUACACUUCAUCAAAGUACUUUGAGAGCACCAGUAUUUUACUGAUAUUGACAGAUUUAUUUUUCCUUAUAGGUGCAUCAUGUUGUUACCUUGCAAAGGGUAACUUAAUGUGUCGCGAUGUUUGUGAACAGGUAUGUUGGUUCUGAACCUGCACCACAUUUGAACCUGUAUAUCCAUAGGGCCUGUAUCAGGGGUAGGGAACCUUGGGACCAGGGCAGAAAGCAGCUCUCUGAGCCUGUCUAUCUAGCCCCAAGCACACACUCCAGGCCACAAGCCUGCACCCCUCACCCUGAGUGCUGACUGGAAUGUGGCAUUGAACUCUGACAAUGCCCUUUUCUUGCCUGGGCAGAGAAUAGAAGGGUGUGUGAGCAUGUGCAGAUAGUAGCCUACUGUAGAAAGGUAAAUUUUACAUUAAUUGCUCUGCCCGCAUUUGCCUCUGACCCUGCCCUCCACUGACAUGUGGCCCCCAGAAGGUUCCCAGAGGGAAACCUUGGGCUGAAAAGGUUCCCCAUCCCUGGUCUAUAGCCAUGUGAGAGAAGUAUAUUAAAAUUAUGUAUGCCACUUUCAUCCUGACCUUGAAGCAGUUCCUUUAGUGUUGUAAGAAUGUGCUGUCAUGAAUACAUUUUGACUUGUAAGGCUGUGAUAGGCUUCCUAACAUAUCAAUAUAUGCGGAGUCACAUUUGUUGCCAUCUUACCUAUGAGCCUAAUUUAUAGGGCCAAGUUGUUUAUGACUGAGAAAAUUCUAUUUUCAAUUUAGAUAAUGCACACCCUGCCUGAUCUUUGAAAGUCAGCCACAUCUCAUCGUAAUAUAUUUAGGUUUGAUAAGCUGAAACUUGGAAGCCCUAAGGAGAUAAAUCUGUAAGGACAGUAUUCAACUAAAUAAAAUAGAUCCACUAGUGCAAGGAUUUUUGACUGCACAAGGGAACUCCCUCUCCUCUCCCUGUGUGUCUGUUCUGGAGUUUCCCCAACCUACCAGAGCAGAUUUGGGGAGGGAGGGCUGGGAGAGGGGAACUGAAGUUGCAAAAGUAAAAAUUAUUGUGAUAUCAGAUCUGUUUAGUUGGAUGCCUGUUUAGUUGGAUGCCACCCUAAGAGUGUUUUUAUAUACAAACCAAUAAUAAGUAGUUCAAAUAUCAUAAGAUAAACAUUAUUUUGGUGCUAGUUUAACUGCCAUGCCUUUCCCGAAGAACCUUGGAAGUUGUAGUUUGAUGAUGGUGCUUAACUCUCCCAGGUCCCAGAGCUCUGGUUUUUGUGUUUUUUAAAUAAAAAACAAAGACUUAAAGUGGUUUAAGAAAUAAAAGAGGGUUGCAAUCUGGUAGGUUCAGACAUUAGAUUCCCAUAGUGCAUGACUAUUUCAUCAUUAUAGAAACUAAGGACAACUCCAAAAAGGAGUAUUCUGUUGCUCAAAAUCAAAUUCCACUUAGCUUCAUGGGUUUCCUAAGUAAAGAUAAUUAAGUUUUGCGGUACAAAAGUGAUUUUUCUAAUUAUGCUUUCUUUUAAAAAUGCUUUUGACAGAUUUUGACAUCAAAGAGUGAUUCUCAUUUGAAACACCUAUUACAACGUGCACCUGAAUAUUGUCCAGAAUCAAUGGUUUGUAUAAUUGUGUUUGGUAAAACAUAAGACCAUUUUCGGCCUGAGGGUUCAGUUUCCUCAUGGGAAGCCUUCUGGGAGCCACGUGCCAGUAGGAAAUGGGACUGGAUCCAAAAGGUGGCAGACCAGUAGAAAAGCUGGAUAGAGCCACAGCCUCUCUCCCCCCCCCUUUCUCCCUCCUUUCUUUUCCUUUCCUUUCCUUUCCUUCCUCUUCCCCCUUCCCCCUUCCCCUUCUCUUUCUUUCUCCUCUCUUUUCUCCUCCCUGUCCCUCCACAGUUGUCUCCCCUCACAUCACUAAGGUUUUUAAAAAGCUCCCCUUGGCCUCAGUGGAAGCUUUCUAAAAGGCUAAUUGCUGGUUCCAGCUAAGAGAACAACCUGAGCAGAUGCAUAUAAGCAAACUUGUGUUUUCUACUUUCCCCUCCUGUUAUAGCCUGCUGUGAGCUCUAAUGACAGAAUUGCCUUACCUUGAAAAUGGUACGCUGUUGCUUCUUCAGCUCUGCUUUCCUAGGGAGAAAGAAAUCAUAUCAUAAUGCAGUCCAAAGCUACUAAAAAGCAUGCUGCGUCCUCCCAGAAUACACAAGUCACUUGUGUUUCCACCCUCUGGUUCCAAGGGAGAAUCAGAGGAAGUUGUUCUUAAAAAGAUGGCUGCUGAUUUAACAAACCAUCCAGUGCUUUAGUACAACAUUUGAAACUUCGGUAAAUGGUAUUAUCUCCCAACUCGGCACAUUUGAAAAUGAAUUUCAGAGGUUGAGGACAGACACAAUUCUGGUGCAGGCAUAUCUGCCUUGCAGAGCACUAAUAAAUCCUUACAGGGGAAAGUGGCAAAUUUGGAUUUUAGGGGUGCCUUAGCAAGCAGAACAAGGCCACCGAGGCCUUUUGCUUUCUAAGUCUUCCCUAUUACUCUGUGGCAGGAAACUUCUGCCACUAUGGCUCUGGUUGUUUAGCAUGCCCACCUUGAUCUGGAAUUCCUCAAAACACAUGCCUUCAGGAUGAUAUGUUACACACAUUAAAGGGCAAUGUGUGAUUAGGGGCAUUUAUUAACAGAAUAACAGAAAGUGUGGUUUAGUUCUGCUCUUCCUCAUCUUGUCCUUAGGAUGGUUAAACCCCUCCACCUUCUGUAGAUCGAAGACAGAAACUAAUUCUGUUGCACUGCUGCUGUGUCCCGCUGCCUCAGUCAGGUGCUCAGCCAUUUGCCCUUUUGCAGGUACUGCUCAGGAAAUAGUAACAAAUGAAACAAGUCUGCCAAAGUCCUGGUCCCAAGCACUAUGAUAUCCAAAACUGAAUACUCUAGAUGAGGUCACCUGAUAAUUCGUUAUUUGUGCUAGAUCAUCUUGUUGCAUUUAAAAGUGAUAAUCUGCUACAUACAAAUAUUUAUUUUGAUCUUAUUUAUUUAUUAAGUGCCUGCCAUCCCACAUGGUCAACUUAGUAAUUAUACUCAUUUAUAAAAUAUGUGGAAUGUAAUACAAUUAUGUGGAAUGUAAUACAAUUAUGUAAUACAAAAUACAAUUAUUCUUUUUUUCAGGGAGAAGUUUGGGACUGUAUAAAUUCCUCUUUGCCAGGUAAGAGACAAUACUAUAUUUAGGCUGCAAUCCUAUACACACUUAACUGGGAGUAAAUACCAUUGAACUCAUUCAGGGCUUACUUCUGGGUAGAUAUGCUCUGUUAAUUUAUUAUAAUGUACUAAGAGUAUAUGAAUAUCAGGGAUGCGGAUGGCACUGUGGGUUAAACCACAAAGCCUAGGGCUUGCCGAUCAGAAGGUUGGCGGUUCGAAUCCCCGCGACGGGGUGAGCUCCCGUUGCUCAGUCCCUGCUCCUGCCAACCUAGCAGUUCGAAAGCACGUCAUAAUGCAAGUAGAUAAAUAGGUACCGCUCCAGUGGGAAAGUAAAUGGCGUUUCCGUGCACUGCUCUGGUUCGCCAGAAGUGGCUUAGUCAUGCUGGCCAUAUGACCCAGAAGCUGUACACUGGCUGCCUUGGCCAGUAAAGCGAGAUGAGCGCCGCAACCCCAGAGUCAUCCACGACUGGACCUAACGGUCAGGGGUCCCUUUGCCUUUUUAAGAGUAUAUGAUCCACAUGCAGGGUGGGAUCAGUAUAGGACUCAGGGGAAAAAUGAUCAAGUCGUAUGAUCCUAACUUAUUUAGACGUAAUUAUGUUCUUUUAACUGUAAAAGAAUUUAAAAUAAAAUAUGUUUUAAAAAAUAUUUAUCUGGACAGUCAUGCAUGACUAAAACAUUCUACCACACCCUCCAAGAAGUAUUGGCAUACUGUACAUGCAUUGUUGCAAAAAGAAAUGAAGUCAAGUUUAUACUUUUUCAAUUACAUAUCUGUUUGCACAAAUACGGAGCUUCAGGUUGAAUAAGAUGUUUCUUAACUGAUCACACAGCCCUCCUAGCAGGAAAUGUGAACAAACUUCUGCAGUUGAGCAGCACUUCCCUCUGUGUUGUCUGCUAAGCAUAGGAUACAGCCCUCCAACACACCCUGCAGUGAUACUGUAAUGUGUUCAGUAAUUUUAUUUUUCUUUAAAGGUGUUUUGAAGAAAUCUGAUGGCUGGGUUGGCUUAGGUUGCUGUGAGUUAGCCAUUGUUGUAGAAUGUCGCCAAGCAUGUAAACAGGUAGGAAUUUAUCUUUUAUGCAGCAUGAAUAAAGUAAGACAUACCUUUUUUUGGUUGAAAGUAUGAUUGGCUGUAAGAGAAAGGUCCUUCACAGUGGCCACACCCAGAAUGUGCAAUAUAUUUCAGCAGGAUGUUGAUUGCUGUCUUCUGCUGUUAGUUGAAGACUUUUCAGCAAGCCUUUGUCUUGCUGGGCAGAAAAUGUUUUCUGUGGUGAACUUUGUUUUUAUUUGUUGAAGCUAUCUCAAUUUUAAAUUAUUACUUUAUAAUGAGAUUGUGUUAUUUUAACUGAUGAUGAAAUAUGAAGUCUCAGAUAACUAAAAUAUAUGUUUCCCCUACUUGUAUUAUUCUCCUAUGUUUGCUGUCUGCUAGGGAGCAGUGGAGUAGAGCUGCUUUUUAUGUAUCCCUCCAUACAAUCCUGUGCAUAUACCCUCCUUAAAAACAAUUAAAACCCUCUAUGAAGCACAGCUGGGGUCCUUUGGCCCCUGGGAAUGAAUAGGCCUACAAGGAGGUCUUCCAGGUCUCACAGCCAAGAUGGUCUCAUAGAAUCAUAGAAUCCUAGAGUUGGAAGAGACCACAAGGGCCAUCGAGUCCAACCCCCUGCCAAGCAGGAAACACCAUCAGAGCACUCCUGACAUAUGGUUGUCAAGCCUCUGCUUAAAGACCUCCAAAGAAGGAGACUCCACCACACUCCUUGGCAGCAAAUUCCACUGUCGAACAGCUCUCACUGUCAGGAAGUUCUUCCUAAUGUUUAGGUGGAAUCUUCUUUCUUGUAGUUUGGAUCCAUUGCUCCGUGUCCGCUUCUCUGGAGCAGCAGAAAACAACCUUUCUCCCUCCUCUAUGUGACAUCCUUUCUCUCUUGACUCAGAAGUUAACACUCUGAUAGUACAAGAGCUAAUAUUAGUAUAAGAGCUAAUAAUUAGCAGCAAAAUCAACAAGCAACUCAGACACAACUGCAGCUAAUGCUUCCCAAAUGCUUGAGUAAACAUCUUUAUAUUAAGUGGGCCCCAUGGCGAGACCGACCAAUGACAGUGCCAACUGAGACUCCAAGGGAAGGGGCUUCUAUAGUUGGAAUGCUAUAGUGGAAGAGGCUUUCUCUUGCAUCUUCACAUAAUAUUCAUCUCACGUGGGUGAGAUACAGAGGAGAGUCUUCCUUCCAAAGAUUUUAAAUUCCAAGGGAGGUGCUCCCUCAAAUAUUGAGGUCCCAAACCAUGUACGGUUUUAAGCAUCCUCACUGACCCACUGAAUUGGGCUGGAAAUGUACUGGCAGCCAGUUCAGCUCCGUUACAUGGUUCCUAUAGAACCAGGGCCAGCCCACCCAUGAGCUAUGGUGAGGCACCUUCCUCAAGCAGCAGAAACCCACACGGCAGCACCCCCACGGGCACCCCUCCACUGCCAGUGGCACCAGAUUCCGGCAAGAUCUCACCAAAAUCUUGUGAGAUCUUGAUGGAAGUGGCACUAUGGCCUGGACUUUGUGGGUGCCCCUGUGCAACACAUAGGGAGGCAUCAGUGAUGGCAGGGGAGUGGGGCAGUCCAGCAGAAGCUGGACUGGGGUGGCAUGUUCCUCUUUCACCUGAAGUAGUGAAGCGAGAUGUGCCACCGCUGUAUACAGUGAUCACACUAAUAAUCUAACUGCUGCAUUUGCGCAAGCCCUGCGCAGAGUGAAUUGAGGAAAUCUCAGCAGGCAUCACCAACAACUAUGGCCAAGAAUAGUCAUAACUGGCAAACCAACUGAAGUUGGAAAAAACUGUCUGAGCCAUGGAGGCUCCUUGAAUCAAGCCAUUGUGGUUGAAUCUAGGAGUACUACUCCCAGACUGCAUACCUGCUCCUUCAGGGGAAGUGCAACCCUUCCUGACUAGAGCUGGUUGCUUACCUAAUUCCUGUACCUGGAAAGCAUCAACCCACAGAGCCUCCAUCUUACCAGGAUUCUGUUUCAAUUUAUCAGCCCGUAUUACAGAUUCUAGUUAGUGGUGCUGUGUCGGCACAGCCUCACAUGACCCAGAUGACAGGAAGAAAUACUGAAAUACUUUGUUGUUCUUUAUGUUAAAUCCCAGUCAUUUAGACUUUAGAGGUCCAUUUGACCCCAGUAGCAGAUUGAUACUUGAAAAAGAGUUGCUUUUGAUUAUGUUCAUAUGCCAGAAUUGAGAACAUCUAAGUGAUUCAAAACUGCUUCUAAAGAAGAAAUUAGAUAUAUUGGUGGGGCAUCUCAAAAUUAUCACAAUAAUAAUAUCUUCUAUAUAAUUUAUUAUUGUAUAAUUUUGCUCUUGAAUAAUAUGAGAUAUGUGCUGGUAAUGAAACUAAUGUCUUUCAGGCAUCUUCAAAAAAUGAUAUUAUGAAAGUUUGCAGGAAAGAAUAUGAGGUAAGUGCAUUAUAGACAGUGGGUUACCCCUCCCUGUCAAGAUGCUUAAGCUUUCCUGAUGUUGGCACACUUUGAAGGCUCAUAACAGUUUCCAACUCAUAAACUUUUCUGGAGGUGAAACAGACCAAGUUGACCUCUUUCCUCCACUGCAGAUAAGAUACUGGUUCAUGGCAAACUGGGCUUUGCAAACUGAAAGCCAGCAAAGUAAACAGCCACUCCCUCCUGAUCCUCCCUUCCCUGGAAUUUCCCAUUCCUAAUUCAGCAUCAUUGAUGUGGGGCAAAAAAAAAUUUCAUUCUUUCCAGGGCUUUAUUUUUCCAUUGAUAUUUUUCAUAAGGUCAUUAGUAACAAUGAAUAGAUGUCAAUUGCAAAUACAAAAUUGGACAAGAUUGGCAGUUUCAAAAUGUUUAAUUUCACAUAGAGUUGGAAGGGAUCCAAGAGUCAUCUAGUUCAACCCCCUGCCAUGCAGGAAUCUCAGAUUAAAGCAUCCAUGGCAGAUGGUCAUCCAAACCUCUGCUUAAAAACCUCCAAGGAAAGAGAGACCGCAACCUCCUGAGGGAGAUUGUUCUAAUGUCAAACGGCUCUUACCAAAUUCAAGUGAAGUAAACACGCUAAUAUGCAGCUCCCACAGACGGGAUGCAAAAGAGAGAUCACGCCCUCUGAUAUCAGAAAAAAUUCUGAUGCAAUUCAAAUUAUUCUAAUUUGCCAAAUUUUCUGGAAAAUUGCAUGUAGACCCACAAACCAUGGUUAAAGCAAACGGUUAACUUUGCAGAUCAGAGUUUGCAUUCACAAGUUUGGUACAGUCCAUGAUUAAAAUGGGUCUUUUUGUGAAAGCCAUGGUUUUUGUUGGUGUACCUCCACAGAAAUGAGGGUAAGAAUUGCUCUGGAGAGAGAAGCUUACAACAAGAGUCCUGAUAGAUCACAGCAAAGGUCUGCCCAAUCCAGUACUCUUCUUCCAAGAGCGUCUGGGGGUUAGGGAGGGGCUACUGCAUUUGGAGAGCUGGCUUCAUGUCUGCAAAUUAGGGUUUGCUGGGAUCCAGAAUUACAUCAUCUGUAGGCCAAUUAGUCAGAUGCUUGGGAUUUGGUUAGUUCAAAUCUUACACUAUAAGCAAUGCGCAGAAAACAUGUUUGUGAACUACGGAUCCUGUCUAUAUGUCUGUGUUCUGAAAUGUCCCGUUUUUUAUUUGAAUACAAGCUAACUUAGCUGGAGUAAUUUUAUCCUCUUAAGUGGGAACAUGCUUAAUUGGUAAAAGCAGUAAUUGAAAAGAAGAAGUUUUAUAUAAAAAAUAGUAGCCUUCUUAGCAUACAAUAUUUGUAGGUAAUCAACAAUAAUUAAUUUUCUGUUCAUGUGCAGCUGAAAAUUUUUUGAAUAAAUCUUUUAAAUCAGUUAUCUCCAAGUAUGUGAUUGUAUUCAAUAAUGUAUAAAAAGCAAUGGUAUUUUCAGAAAACUUUCUCUAGCAUACCUUCUCUUCAGAAUAUAAAUCUCUUCACAUGCUGUUUUAUCUUACCUCCUUCUGCCUGAAAGAAGAGCAUUCACUUUAGGAUUGUGCUUUUAGAUUCACUCAGAUCAGAGUAGGCAAUCAAUAAGACAUUGGAAAAAAGAAGGGAAGACCUUGCAAUUGAAAGUAGAUAUCUCCAACCCAAAGCCACAGUGGCUGUUGUCCUUAGGUUCAAAAGUAAAGGAGACCAAGUCCCAUAAUCGAUUAGACUACUUGGUAAAUUAACAAUCUCCAUAUUGAUUCUUUUUUAUGUCUUUAUUCUUUAGAUUAAGAAAUAAAUUCAGUGGCCUGCUCAUUCCCCAGCAAGGGAUUUAGAUUAAAUACUACUUAGCUUUUUAUCUUAUUACAAAUAUGCCUUAGAAAGCUUUUUUUUUUCUUUUCCUAAUCUCUUUAGCUGCUGAGAUUUUCAUAGCUUGUGUUCUUCUAAACUGUUAUCCCCUACAUUAAAUAGCUUUAUCUCUUCUGUAUUAUACUUCACUGCCCGUAUCUGUAACCUUUCCUCUGUUAUGCUAGUUUCCUUCUCUUUUCUGGAUUUCUGCAUUGCUGUAGGAGGUUGACCAAUGUUUGUUGGAGAACAGAAAGGACAGGUAAGAGAGUUUUAAAAAAUGGGAAUGAAAAAGUGAUCACUGAUCAUGACAGAGUAGUUUCUCUUUCUAAUUCUUCUUUUCUCUUUCUUGUUGGAAUCAUUUUGUAGUAUUUAUUUUAUAUAAAUAAGUGGACUUAUUUCAAGAAUGAUUACAAGUGAGUACAUAAAACUACUGUCUAGUGUUUUUCAAACAUUUAUAAGAGAAAUAUGUUCUUGUACUUCCAUACUUUUCUUCCUCAUAUAUGGGUGAACCAUACUUCGCUGCUUUGAUACUGUCUAUGAUAAAAGUCAUGGGAAACAACACUCAUUUGUAGAUUGGGGUUUGAGGAUGAGUGUGAAUCUCCCAGAAUAUAUUUUCAGCAUCUUUCCAGAUAGUAGGAUUGGAUCCAGACAUCUGUCCCAAUGGGACACUCCGCUAUUUCAGUUAUUUCCCUUCCUCUUGCAUCCCAAAAGACUGUCCCAUGGGAUUAGGAGAGAUGGUGCUGUGGCUGAAAAAGGGGUCAGUUUAAACUGUUCCCCCCUUUCUUCCAGCACAAGCCUCCUAAGGCUCUCGGUCCCUUCUGCUAAUGAAAGGAAUGCUCCAUUUUGUAGGAGGGCAAGACUGGGUGCAACUCAUUUCAAAGUUUUCAAAGGACAGGAGUGAAAUAUAUCCUCUGGAGUCAGGUUACUAAAGUAGCCCACAAUACUUUCUUGAUCUGCAUCGAUGAAUAAGUCACCAGCUACUUGUAAGAGACAAUACUUUUCUUAGAAGUUGUUUUGGAAUGAAUACAUUUCAGUUCUAGAAAAUGUGUCAAUAAAGAUAUUUGCUGAACUCUGCUGAAUAAAAGAAUAGGUGGUAAUAGUAUUUUUUUAAAAUGUGAGUUAUAUCCUUCCACACUUACAGAUUCAGACAUGUAAUUACCAUUUUUGUUUGUGUGCUGAUUGUCUGUCUUCCUGUCUCUUGACGGGUUUACUUCUGGUGAUUUCCACUAACAAGUGAAAACUUAACAUGCCAUUUAGGGAUCAGCCUGAAGGCUACUAAUUUGGCAGGCACCUCCCCCAACUUACACGUGCAUGUCCAAACACAGCCUUGGGCUGCAGUUCUAACCCUACUUAUUGGAAAUAAGCAUCUUUAAAUUCGGUGAAGCUUACUUCUAAGUAAACAUGGUUGCACUUAUUUGUUUUGCUGUUGUUUCAUGUACCAGACACAGCUCUUGAGCGAUGUCUUAGAGAUAUUUAUUGAAGAUAAAUUCACAAAAGGAAACAAAUUAUAUGAAGUUUAAAUGGCUGACAAAGCUGGGUUUACUGUGAGGCAGAGCAGUUGGUAGACAGGUUGAAGAUUCCACUGUUUGAAGCUGGCCUCCCAGGCAAUCUUUCUCAGCUCAGCUUGCAACAGGUAAUGAAUUGUCCUGAGGAACCAAGCCAUUGAUAGCACUUAUGGAAGGCAUGUUGAGAUCCUAUAUAGUCUUUAGAUCAGAGGUUGGCAACCUAAGGCCCAUGGGCUGGAAGCGGUCCAUGAGGGUCGCUUAACCGGCCCAUGAGCCACCCCUGAACUGAACCGCCUGCUCAGCGAGUCCCUGCACGUUGCGUUAAACCGGCGUGGGGACUCUCUUCCGCGGCUCCAGAAAUCGUUUCUGCACAUGCCCAGAUGCUGAAAAUCACUUCUGCGCAGGCACGAUUUCCUGCCUCUGGGCAUGUGCAGAAGCAAUUUCCAGCGCUGCAGACAUGCACAGACACGAUUUCCGGCGUCGCUGGAGAUCGGGUGAUCUCUGCGGGAGUGAUCCGGCCCAUGCCCAGUAAGCCGACCCCUGCUUUAGAUCACCUGAUCCUGCUGUCCUGUAACCUGAAAUGUACUAUUCGUUUUAUUUGGAAUUUUCUAUCCUCCUUAUAGCCCCGAGAGGCUCCUUAUGCUGCCCUGUGUGAGGCCAACAUUUGGCUCUCCCCACACCCCUCCCCACACCCCUUGCAGUGCUGGCUUAAGCCAGGUAAACAAGAUGCUGGGGCUUCGGGAAGCAGGCACGUGGGUCUGGCAGGGUCCUAGAGCCCUCCUGUCUCCUUCCCAAAGCUUGCUUGCCUGGCUUUGUGAAGUAGGCAGGAGGACUAUAGGACCCUGUCAGAGCCCUCACACCUCCUUCCUGAAGGUGGGCAUGUGCUUAUCAGGCUUUGAAAAGGCCCCAUCCUCGGCUGCAUGCCCAGUGCCCCUGCACCGCUCAGGCUGCCCUAAAGCCACCUCCGCGAGGGGCUCUCAAAAGUAGCUUCCAAAAGAUUAUGAAAAUACUGAAUUAAUGUGAUGUCCAUAUGGAACUAGGGUUUUUCAGGUGGCCCUUGACCCACCAAAAUCCUCUGAGACCAGGAUUGUGUAGCUGAAUCUUGCUUGGCCCUGCUGGAACCACUCCUCCUUGGCUGGCAAUUGCUGGUUUAAUGGCCUCUGCUUGUCCUGACACUGUAGAGCGGAAAGGAAGCACAUUCUUAAAAAAAGCAGAGACAUCACCUUGACAAAAAAGGACUGUAUAGUUAAAGCUGUGGAUUUCCCAGUAGUGAUGUAUGGAAGUGAGAGCUGGACCAUAAAGAAGGCUGAUCACCGAAGAAUUGAUGCUUUUUGAAUUAUGGUGCUGGAGGAGACUCUUGAGAGUCCCAUGGACUGCAAGAAGAUCAAACCUAUCCAUUCUGAAGGAAAUCAGCCCUGAGUGCCCACUGGAAGGACAGAUCCUGAAGCUGAGGCUCCAAUACUUUGGCCACAUCAUGAGAAGAGAAGACUCCUUGGAAAAGACCCUGAUGUUGGGAAAGAUGGAGGGCACAAGGAGAAGGGGACGACAGAGGACGAGAUGGUUGGACAGUGUUCUCGAAGCUACAAACAUGAAUCUGACCAAACUGCGGGAGGCAGUGGAAGACAGGAGUGCCUGGCGUUGCUCUGGUCCAGGGGGUCACAAAGAGUCGGACACGACUAAACCACUAAACAACAACAACAGUCGGGUAGGCAACCUAAGGCCCAUGGACCACUAGGAGCUGCUGUGGAUCUCAGGACACUCCAGGCUCUUUCAGUGGAGCAGAGCUGCAUCCACAGUGCCUGCAUCUUGCCAGGAUUCAGCUUCAGCUUUAGCACCUGAACCUGUACCUCAUCUUGCCUGAUUCAUGGGGGAAAGGGAGAAAGAGCUAUGUGUCACCAGCAUUCUGAUGACACUUCAUUUGUGCAAAAAAAUAAAUUAUGAAUAAUAAUAUUAAUUUUAUUAUUUAUACCCCGCCCAUCUAGCUGAGUUCCCCCAGCCACUCUGGGCACCUUACAGCAUAUAUCAAACAGUACUGUGAGUAGUCAGUAUCUUUCUCCAGGGAUCUGAAGUAAUUUGUGAGAGUAAUGAAGGUGUAAUCAGGUAGAGACAGGCAGUAUAUUUGGAAAAGGCUAAAGGCUUAAGAAUUUAAAGCCUUAUAAAAACAAGGGGAAUUGUGGAAAGUGUUUUAGAAUGGCUAUAUUAAUUGCUUUAUUAUUUUAUUAAUUAUUGCAUUUAUUUUCCACUUAAAAUAUAUCGAAGCAGUUCACACUUGCAAAAGCAUGUAUAAUACAAAAUUUAAAAUAAAUCGAAGAUAAAAGAACAUAAUUUAUGUUAAGUGCUAUUUAGAGAAUAAGGCAUAUGUUUGGAAAGGUAUCAUAAAACAGGCUUGAUUGAUUUUUCAGGCAGGAUCCAGAGUAUCACACUAUUAGAAAAUUUUCUCCCCCAUGUCAUUGUGUGUGCUAAACCAUUUUUUAAACUGAGAAGACUUUCAAAUACAGUUUGUAGAAUAGUUUUUUUUGCAAGGGCAGCUAUUGAAAGUCCAAAAUCCCACAGGAUAUAAUCAGGCUCUUUAGAUCCUGGCAGUAAAAUCUUGAGUGUUAAAAGAUUCUGCAUUCUAGAGUGAUGAAAUGUCUUAAUGGUAAGAGUAUUGGACUAGGGCUUAGGAGAACAGAGUUUGAAUUCCCACUCAGCCAUGAAGCUCCUUGAGUGAGCUUGGGCCAGUCACCAUCUCUUAGCCUAACCUUCCUCACAGGGCUGUUGUGAGAAUUAAAUGGGGCAGACCAGAACCAUGCACAGCCCCUUGAGAUCCUUGGAAGAGAAAGGUGGGAUAUAAAUGCUAAUUAUUAUUAUUAUUAUUAUUAUUAUUAUUAUUAUUAUUGAAGGGUGUAUUUCAGAUCAUUGUAUAACCAUUAAAAAGAGUAAUUGGUAAAACUAAUGUGUUGUUUUGGUGGGCAGUUGUCUCUUGGGGACAGUAGUUUGUCCUCAGCAAGACUAUUCUGAUGGCAGCUUCAGACCUUUACUAUAGACACCCUAGGAUUAUCCUGCUCAUAUGCAAGAAUAUGUGUAGCUUUGUUUCAUGGCAAAACCACUAAACUUUGUGAUAUGUGACAGAUUAACAUUUUAAAAGAAUGUUAAAAGACCUUCUUUUAAGCUCUGAAAGUAUUUUCACUGACAGAAGGAAAUUGUUUGAACAGAAAAGAAAAUGAAACUGCUUAGAAAAACAGUGUUGAAAUUGAGACUAUUCAUAACCUGCAGAUUACCAGGCUAUAACUUUUAUUUACAUAUUUAUGACAUCUAUGCCUCACUCUUUUAGUCUAAAAGGUUCUCAGAGCAACUCAGCAAUAAGAUGGUUACAGCUUUCCAGCUUACAGUUGAAAACACGUGGCACACCGGGAGGAAAAAGCAAGCUCAGUUGCUGGUUCUUAAAAGUUAUAUAUAAUAUAUAUGAUAUAUAAUAUUCUGUGCAAAUUCUGUCUGUCUUAGACAGCAGCCCCUCCCCAGGGGAACAACCCUCACCAGUCACUUGUGAGAGUAGAGUGGAUGCCAGUGUCUGGACCACGAGGGCAGGGAUGCAGCUGCCACACAGUUCUUCCCUCUUGUCUUGAUUGCACCUGGAACCAUCAGAGGAGGAUGUUGUGCAGGUGCCCCUUGGGGCUGGUAGGGUGGAGGCAAGGAGGCCAACAGUAGGGGGAGCCCAAGCCACCUGCUGACUGGUUGUAAUUAAGAAAAGCAGAUGGUGACUGGCUGAGGGCAGAUUGAGGUUGGUGAGGCAGGCAUAGAUGAUGAUGAUGAUGAUGAUGAUGAUGAUGAUGUAUACCGGGCUUUUUUACCUGACAGGGACUCAAGGCAGUUUACAGAUAAAAAUUACAGAUGCCCUGGUCCUGUUCUGGUCUUAAAAGCAUUAUGGAAGGAGGAGACUGGGAGCCCUGUGCCACCAACACCCCAGUCAAGACCAGAAAACAAACCAUUGCCCUCUACCACAGCUUGAAAUGUAAUAUCCUCUAAUGGACCAGCCUCCACUGAUAUUGAGGAAAUUUCAGUUUCCAAAGCUUAGUCAUCACAAAAGCAAUAGAGCACAAUGUUUCUGGCAACCUUUCUGGCUAGUAUUCUGCACAGUUAAGCCAUAUUUGCCUGGUGGAAGGGAACCCACAGCUGAACAGGGAGGCAUCUGGAAGCUACCACCGGGUACGCAAAAAGCAGAAGCAGCAGCAGUUUCUCUACAGUGGUACCUCAGGUUACAUACGCUUCAGGUUACAGACUCCACUAACCCAGAAAUAUUACCUCAGGUUAAGAACUUUGCUUCAGGAUGAGAACAGAAAUCGUGCUCUGGCGGUGCGGCAGCAGCAGGAGGCCCCAUUAGCUAAAGUGGUGCUUUAGGUUAAGAACAGUUUCAGGUUAAGUACGGACCUCCGGAAUGAAUUAAGUACUUAACCUGAGGUACCACUGUACUUUUUCCUUUUUGGAUUCCUAAACCUGAACAGCGAAACGAUGGGGAAUUGCUUGCAAAUAGGUUUCUUUGUAAUGAACAGAUUGUCAGAUGCGUAAAUAAAAUCCCUAAGUUUAGAGGAUACCAUUUUGAAAUGCUGUCUGAGAUGCAAUCUGUGGGGUGCACUUCAAGCCACAGGUUAUUGGUACAGAUGAUACAACAAAUCACAAAAGCUUCUAAUCCUCCCAGCUGCGUAGGAGAGGGGAGGGGUCUGCAUAGACCCCUGAGCAGGCAUAGGCAAACUCGGCCCUCCAGAUGUUUUGGGACUACAACUCCCAUCAUCCCUAGCUAACAGGACCAGUGGUCAGGGAUGAUGGAGUUGUAGUCCCAAAACAUCUGGCGGGCCGAGUUUGCCUGUGCCUUCUCCAGAGGCUCCCUGCAGCCUCUUCCUACUUCUGCUUGGUGUGCUAUCCAUCGUGGUGUAUCAAUGAAGCCUUUCUGACAGAAUCUUUGUGACAUUCUUCUGGAAAACGGUUUGCUAUUCCUUUGAUCUGUCCCAUUAUAGCUACUGUCAUUCCUGGAAGUUCUCAAGGGUCUUCAGUAUUUAAUUAGCCAUAGGAUGUGCAAAUUAAGGCAAAUAGGAGAUUUUCAUGUUUAUUAAUUGUACUGAACUUUAACUCUUCAUAUAAUUAUAUAUGUGUGUGCAUAUGAUUCAGUUAUAUUCUUUUCCUCAUCAACAAAAGAUGUAGUGCAUUUGCCAUUUAAUUUUUUUUACCAGUAGCUAUUUGAAAGUGAUACUUUUUGUUUUUGCUUUUAGAAUGCACUUUUUAGCUGCAUCAACAGAAAUGAAAGUAAGUAUACCUUUUAAAAAAUAAUCCUUCCUAAAUACUAGUUUAUCAUUUACUCCCUUGUUUCAUUGUCUGCUUUUUGAGAUGUAUGUUCAUUUUUUAAUAUCAGAUGAUAGCAUAACAUAUGUUGCAUUUCACAACUGCUUGAGCUGGUUGACAGUUUGCCAAGGGAAAAUGUAGUGUGCUUCCUGUAAACAUCUUAGCUUGGGGCUUGGAACUUUUUCCACCAACUGCAAGUUUGCAGCCAGUUGUAUUCAUAUUCUGUUAAUUCUGGAAUCCUGUCUAGAUUAGUGCAUAACAUACCAAGGCCUGACCAGUGCAGCAAUAUUAACUGGAUCCUUCAGUCAGGAUUUGGAUUUGCUCAGCAUUGAUUCAGUGGGAUAGCAAGUAAAGUAUUGUGAGUCAUACCUGCUGACUCAGGAUUGUGACUGAAACGCAUCAGUUGGUUCACUGGUGUACAAAGCUUAAUGGCAUUAUAAAAAGUAAGGGGAAAAGGGUACUUACAGAGAAUAAAGCAAAUUGCAUAAUACGACAUUUAUGAAAAUAAAACAAGUUACGUAUGAUUGUUCAAGCAACUUCAAGUAAUAUAAUAUAAAUUGCAUAUAAAGUAAUGGUUUAUUAAUAAUAUGAACUAAUUGCAUGUACUUGUAAUAGCACUGACAAAGCAACCAGUCAGUCAGUUGUUAACACAGUCUCCUCCUGACUUCCUCCAGCUCAUCUAGUUAUAGUAUCCAUAGCAUAUUAGAGGUUAUAGUAAAAUUCAUAGUUACCAAUCCAAGACAGUAGACCAGGCCUUGUGGCUUUCAUGUAUGAGCAGAGUAAGUAGAAGGGAGUAGGAAAGAAGAACAAAAAACCCAGUGCCUGCCCCUGAACUAAAAGAAGUAACUAAUCAAAAAAGGGAAAAGAAAAGAAAAGUUUGCUUUACACAUUUUAUAACAAUUAGGAAGUGGAUGAGGGGAUGGAGUUUUCCAUCAUUUGCAUUAAUAUAUUCCUAUGGGUGGACACACUAAAACAUACAUUGUAAUCUAUCUGGGUGGGAGCAGUUAGAGUAACUGGAUCCCUUGCUUUAUUAUUGGUUAGCACAUUGCAGCACUGGACUACCAAAACAUUUAAUAUUUUAAUGGUUUUGGUUUUGGUUUGGCUUCAUGGCUGUUAUUCUCUACUUUCUAAUUUUAUCACCCUCCAGAAUGCCAAGUUCUCAUAUAGUAGGCAAAAAAAUCUAGCACAACACUGCAAGCAGCUUGCACAGAAAUAACACAGCAAAUUGCUCUGUACCUGGCUUCACAGGUACCUUGGCAAUCAGCUGCUUUUCCCAUCUGGCAGGACGUUGUGCAUGUGUGGGCACAAUGUCUUUGUGACAGUGGGUGAUUGGCAGGUGGGUGGCCCCACUCACCUGUCAAAUUUGGCCUAUCCAGAACACUGACUAGAUUCUGCCCCUUCCCCACGAUAGAGUAUAAACAUAUUUCUGUAUUUUCAUCACUAAUAAUAAAGAGUUAUUUGUGAUGCGUUGUUUUGCUUGUGUUUCCCUCCUCUAGUGGGAUCAGUUUGUUGCAGUUAUGCUGGUCAUCACACAAACUGCCGGGAAUAUUGCCAGGCAAUCUUUCGAACCGACUCUUCUCCAGGUCCUUCUCAGUUCAAAGCUGUUGAAAGUUACUGCGCCUCCGUUAGCCCACAAUUAAUUCAUUGUGUGAACAACUACACACAGUCCUAUCCAAUGAGAAAUUCAACAGAUAGUAAGUAUGAGUGUGUGCGUCCUAUGGGGCGAAUGCAGGCUUUCGCUGAAGCCUGGAGAGUGAGAGGGGUCGGUGCGCACCGAUGCCUCUAGCUCUCCAGGCUUCAGGAAGCUAUCCGCAAGCCUUGCAAGCCCGAAGCACGGGGCGCCCUCCGGAGGGUGCCCCCUGCUUCAGGUGGGUGUCCGCAAGCCUUGCGCGCCCGGAGGGCGCCCCGUGCUUCGGGCAGGUGUGCCCAAGGAUUGGGGCUGCAGCUGCGGCUGGGGGGGGGAAUAAUUUAUUUUUAUUCAUUCCCCCCCCCCAAAAAACGAGGUGCGUCCUAUGGGCCGGUGCGCCCUAUAGGACGAAAAAUACGGUAUAUAUUUCUCUGUAUUUGCUUUCAAAAGUAAAAGAAUUGAAGACAUUCUCCUGGAGUAGAGGUGGUAACCCACAGGACCUGCCAAACUGAGGGAAGUGUCCCUCAGGCACCCACACCUUCCUCUCCUGAUCUGUGGUUGCUCUUUAGAGAGUGAUCUGUUUUAUUUCUGUAUAAUAAACAUGUAAGAGGGUCAUCAUGCUGCAGUUUGCUUGGCCACAGACAGGUGGCACUGAGAACAACAGCAAGAUGACAGUCUUCAGGGAGCUGCUGGGCCCUUAUAGCAGCAUCAGAGAGUAUCUGCAGACCCAGGCAAGCAGUGGAGGAACAGUCCCUAUAGAGUGAGGCAGUAAUUGUGGCAGGAGAAGUUCUAAGGGGAGGGAGGCUUGGUGUGGUCUGAGUUGGGAGGGAGGCAUCCAUCUCUCAUGCCUUUCAAGCCUUUUCCCUCCUUCUGUGUAAGAGCAUUCUGCUCAAAGGCACCUGCUUUGGGGGCUCUCCCGCUCAAUGCAGCCUUCAGAUCUGUACCAGCAAUAGUGGCAUGAGGUGGAACAGGGAAGGUCUAACUCAGGCAUCCCCAACCUGUGGCCCUCCAGAUGUUUUGGCCUACAACUCCCAUGAUCCCUAGCUAACAGGACUAGUGGUCAGGGAUGAUGGGAAUUGUAGUCCAAAACAUCUGGAGGGCCGAAGGUUGGGGAUGCCUGGUCUAACUAGUUACUGUUGGGAGGGGGGGAAGAUUGGUGGGAGGUUGGGGGAAGGGUUGGCAAGUGGAACAAGCAGGGUGCAGUCACUAAUCUGAAAAAAACAAUCUUUCUGCCUGCUCUUUAAAGAAUAGAUAAUAUGCAGCAUUUUUAUAUAUAAAGCAAUUUUUAAUUGCAUUAUAUUAAAUUUUAACGUGCUGAUGUUUUGACACUGUGAUGUAAACACAACUAUGUGACAGGUAGCAGUAUUUAUUUCUUCUCUGCUAUUUAGGUUUAUACUGCUGUGAUAGAGCAGAAGAUUAUGCCUGCCAAACAGCUUGUAAAAGGAUCCUGAUGUCAAUGAAAACAGAGCUUGAAAUUGUGGAUGGACUUAUUGAAAGCUGUAAAACGAUGCCUCUGCCACAGGAUCCUCUAUGGCAAUGUUUCCUUGAGAGCUCAAGAUCUGUUCACCCUGGAGUCACUCUGCACCCUCCACCUUCAACAGGUCUGGAUGGUGCUAAAUUACACUGCUGUUCUAAAGCAAAUACUUCCAUAUGUAGGUGAGUACAUUUUGCAUUUCCUUUCCAUCUUUUAUAGGCUCUCCUUUGGGUGCUUGAUGUUUCAAAAUGGGAUUCAGCUCCUCCUACGGCUUGGGGAGGCUGGGAACCUUGUGAUUUCAAAGGAUGUUGUGAGCCCUCUCCUUGUGUUGGAGCCUAGAAAAUGAUCUGACCAUUCUGUCUUGCAAAGCCCUGUGGCUGGUUCCCCAUAAGACCCAACAAUCGUCUGAUUGUCCAUGCUUGCAGAACGCUUAUAUACAACAGGACUUGCGGAUUACCAGUGCUUGCAAAGCCCCAUGUCAAACAUUUUAUAGAACUCAGCAAUCAGCUGAUUGGUGGCAGCUGAGCUGCAGGCGGUGCUUUUUGCCCAUGUGGUUUGAUUUCAAAUGCUGCAGGCAAACUGCAGCAGCAGCAGCACACACACACCCUGCCAGUGCCACCAGCCAAACUUGGCCCAUAGGGAAUGGAGGAAAUAACGAUCUGGCCAGACCCAAUUUCUUACCCUUAAUUACUAGAUCAACUACAUCCUGUAACCUGGAGAGAAUUGCAUAUGUUUUCCAUGGUAUAGGAACACCAUAUUUUGAGCAAUACAUCUUGUGAGUUAAAUCAUAAGCAUUAUAAUCCAAGGUUUUGUCUUCAUUUUAUUCCCUUGUGUUUCUUUUUCCACAGAGAUUUAUGCACUAAACUUUAUAGCAGCAGCUGGGGCAAUACACAGAGCUGGCAAGAAUUUGAUCGCUUUUGUGAGUAUAACCCAGUCGAAGUUUCCAUGUUGACCUGUUUAGCAGAUGUACGUGAACCUUGUCAGCUGGGCUGUAGAAAUCUUACUUACUGCACUAAUUUUAAUAACAGGUAGGAAAGGUACACUUGAGUAUUUUCUUCAGAAUAUAUUGUUUUUGGAUGAAAUGUAUAAUUAGGUAGAGCUGGUAUAGUUUACUUGGUAAUGUGGGAUUUGGAGAGCUCCCCCACCCCCCCAUUUUCAAUAUGGUUGCUUUAUAAAGAAUGUUAACAGAUGUUAUUGGGUGCUGGAAGAAGAGAGUUCAAUCUUCCUCCAAUAUACUAAUACUAAUAUACUGCUUAUAUUAUUCUGAUUGAUACAUGUCUCAGCUGUAUCACUGUGAUUAUAAGUUCUUGUUAUAAUACUAUAUUUUGAUUUAAAGAUAGAAUGAUUUCUAUGUCAAGUUGUGUUUGAUUAUGUGUAUUUUAAUAAUUAAUAAUAAUACAUAUUAUGGGUUUAACAUGCUUAAUAAUGUAUUGCUUUGUGCCCCUUAAUUUGAGACAUUUUAAGAAUUGAUUCUUAACGUAUUUGUCCUCAGAUGCUGGGCUCUGACUUCCAUAAUAUUAAUAAUCUAUUAUUGAUCACUUGUGUUUAUGUACAGCACCUUCCUGACAAGGCACCCAAGGUGGUUUUUCAAUUUUAAAAUACUAAAAUAAAUAAAUGGCAUAAGCUAUAGAGAAGUACAGAAUCCUUUCAAGCUGACUGAAGACCAUUUCUUCAGGAGCUGAUGUCACAAGCUUCCUGGCUUGGGCUUCCUCACUUUCACCUUCCCUCAGCACACACAAGCAGAGGUGGCCCAUCCCGUUUCACCGCCCAAGCCAAAGUGGGAAGAUUCUGCCCUGUGAGUGUACCAUCUGACCCCCUUUGCCACCUGCCACUGAAACCUCAUUUACCAGUGUUGUGUGGCUGCGGCUACUGGAUUGCAGCGAGAUCUCAUGCAAGCCCUGUGAGAUCUUGUGGCAGCCCCAUGAGAUCAUGCAGAAGCCUCCACACAAUCUCACAGGGCUUGCAUGAGAUCUUGCCAGAAUCUGGUGCAACCACUUUUCACUUCUCCAGUGGUGGUUGGGGGGGCAGCCUUGGAAUCUGGCACCCGGGAUAGGACGGCCCUGCACACAAGUCUAAAGUAUCCUCCAGGAAGGGACUUAGCACCAACAGCUCUCUGACCAUUGAUUUGUUAGGAGAUGGUGGUAUUCAGUCCCUGGCCUGGAUAAACAUUCAUAUAGAGUUCAAAAGCAUUUUCUGUAUGACUCCAUACUGUAUCUUUCCUUGAAGGCCAACUGAACUCUUCAGGAGCUGCAAUGCCCAAUCAGACCAAGGAGCCAUGAAUGACAUGAAACUUUGGGAGAAAGGAACAAUUAAGAUGCCAUUUAUCAAUAUUCCUGUUCUUGAUAUUAAAAAAUGCCAGCCGGAAAUGUGGAAGGCGAUUGCUUGUUCACUGCAGAUAAAGCCGUGUCACAGUAAAUCUAGAGGGAGCAUAAUCUGCAAGUAAGUGGGUGGCAGGGUUCUUCCAGUUGCUGGGAACUGCAGGAGAGGAGAAUCCUGCAUCUAGAUGGCCGCAGUGAGAGCAGGAUUAGAUGGGCACUAGUUGAUAAUAAUAAUAAAAAAGUAUCCAGAAUUUACAGUCGAGCAGCAGGGACAUAAAUCUGGUUUAACAAUAAUAAAAACUAAAGCAGAACAACUUAAUUUUGAGAAUAUGGAAAUAUAAUCUUAAACUAAGGCCAAGGUAUUGGGGGUAUUUAGAAGAAGUUAUUAGAAUUAGACCAGGAUGUGUAUUAGGGGUAGAGAGAGUUUAUUGGAUUAACUUGGCCUAUGCAAUCUGAGCAGUGUACAUGUGUGUAAUGUGUAAAUACUUUGUUGUUUCUGAAGGUCGGAUUGCGUGGAAAUUCUCAAGAAAUGUGGAGAUUUAAGCAAAUUUCCUGAGGGACACAUGGCCGAAAGCAUCUGUGAACUUCUGUCUCCAACCGAUGACUUGGAGACUUGCAUACCUUUAGAUACAUAUGUUCGUAAGUACAGGCAUCCCCUCACUUAUGCGUGAUCGACUUGCACGCAACCACGUAUAUGCGCAGUGGCGGGAAGUUAGUAGAUGAAUAGAUUCAAACCAGGAAAUGGUAGGAGAGAGCUGGUGAUUCCUUCUGGCUCAUGAAGAUACCCUCCCUGGAGCCUGAAGCAGAUUUCACUGAGGGUGGACAAAGCCCUAAAGAGACCAGAAGCACAGCAGGGCUUUGUUUAGGCUGCUUGGCCUCCCUGCCUAGCAGCUGAUACACGUGGUAGCACAGCAGCAGCAGCUGUGUUCCCAAGUGCCCUCCAGCCUCCCAGCAGCCCCAGGGCUUCAACUCUCUUCAACUGGUUGUGUGGAGAGAGCGGGACUGAGAGCAGGAGAGCAGGAAAAAAUGGGCUUUUUAGAGGGUGCUUCCCACUUAAUGCAAUUUUCACUUAUGUGUGCGGGGCCCCAAAACAUAACUCCCAUGUAAGUGGGGGGACGCCUGUACUGAAGAACUAACCUUCUGUGUUGAAGUUAGAAUUCACAAACACGUCUACAGAAUUGUUAAAAAGCAGAAUCAUAGAACUAGAACUGGAGGGGAUUGUAAGGUUGGAAGCAUCCUAGAGAGUCAUCUAGUCCAACCCCCUACAUGUCCCCCCCCCCUCCAACAACACAGGAAGAUGAGGGGGAGUAAUUGAGCUUUUUUAAAAAAAAACACACAAGCAUUUUAUUGAUGCUGAUAAAGAAAAAGAAAAUACUCUGAGCAUGUGCAGCUUCACAUUUUGAUCUCCCUUAACUGGCUUAACUCGUCCAUAUGCACAGGUAGCCUGUAAAGUGAAGCACCGCGCAGCCUGAUGCCCAGAUACCUGCCCAAGGAAAUCUAGGAAGGAGCUGCCAGGCACUUUACAUGCACUCAGCAAUCUUUUUUUCUUCUUUAUUGAAAGUUAGAAAAAUACAUAAUGAUGUGUGCACUCAAGAUGGUGAGACAUAAAUAAAAGAGAGACAGCACCCGUGUAGAAGGCAAAGUCAAGAGGGAAAGGGAAGAAAACCAAAACUCUAUACUUUACAAAGUUGUUACUGUAAUUCACCAGAUCUUAACCUAUUACAUUGUUUGUAAGAAGGGAUUCCAAAUAUCAUUGAAUUUGUCCAUGGCAAGUCUGUGUUUAUAUGCAAGUUGUUUGUAUGUUGUGAGUUUGUAUAGGUCUUCGAUCCAACUGUAGAAGGGAGCCGCAUUUUUAUUUUUCCAAUUCAUCAGUAUCAGUCUUUUUGCCCUGGUAAGGGAGCGGAGAGUCCACACAUACUGUCCUUUUGUAAGGCUCCAUGUGCUGCGCAUAUGUGCUGGAGUGCUUGAGCCUAGAGGCUUUGCUCAGGUUUGCAGAGGCUUAUAUGCACAUAGUGCUCACUUACGGUUUAGCAUUACACUGGUACCUUGGUUUACGAACUUAAUCCGUUGCAGAAGUCCGUUCUUAAACCAAAGCGUUCUUAAACCAAGCCAUGCUUUCCCAUAGCAGCAGGGGACUCAAUUUACACUGAACAGGAAGCGGAACAUUUUCUGCUUUCAUGGCAAAGUUCACAAACCAAAACACCUACUUCCAGGUUUGCAGUAUUCUUAAUCCAAGUUGUUCAUAAACCAAGCUGUUCUUGAACCAAGGUACCACUGUAUAUGUGAACUAGGCUACCAUGUCACCACUUUGUUUUCCGCUCUGUAGAUGACCUCUAUUUAACUCCCUUGUCUUUUCAGGCCCAAGCACUUUAGGGAACAUUGUGGAUGAUGUUACACACCCCUGUAACCCAAAUCCUUGUGCUGCCAAUCAGUUAUGUGAAGUCAAUAGAAAAGGAUGUCAGACUGGGGAACCAUGUCUUCCUUAUUUUUGUAUACAGGGUAAGUAAUACAAUAGUUGCACUCCCAGCUAUAUUCGCAGGUUUGUUUUUAGAAAGAACUCUGUUAGCUGUAUGUAGGAUUCUGAUAAUCCAAGAACAACAUUAGAAUUUUCAGAAUUGAUAUUAAGGCUCUUCUGGUUUGCCCAGUGCCUAAUUAACUGAGAACGGGGGGCAGAAGAGAGAGGCCUUUUCCUGUAGUGUCCUUUGGCAUCCGCCACCAAUAGUAUCUUUCUCAGGUGGCUUUUAGCUAGGCAAUGUUAUUCACGUGUGGAGAUCUUUUACGGCUGUUUUUUUUAAUGAAUAUUUUAUAUAAUUUGUUGUUUGACUUGUUCUUUGGGAGUUAUGAGAGGGAGCUAUUUUAUUUGAUUACAGUUAACAUACUCUUACUUUAACAAGUCAACUGCCUUUGAUGAUUUAGUCAUGUAUUCUACUCAAUAUUGAUACAGAGCAGAACUCCAGCGCAUAGUUAGCAGAGUAAAAACUUAAACAUGUUGCGGGAUUCCAAAAAAUAGACCAAAGGCAAUUGUAGUUCACCCAGCAGAGCUUUAUUGCUACUGAAGGCAAAUGAGCAUAAUGGUCACAAAUCCAAUACGUUCACAAUUGGCAUUGUCCAUAAGAAAUCCAGUUGCAGCAGACUUAACUUGUAAGUUUAAGCAAAUAAUUUAUAGUACGACACUUAACACUUAUACAGAACAACACACGAGAAGGAAAGAGAGACAGAAAAGAGUGAAACCCAGUCUCCUUCUGGCCUUACUGUUACAAUCAGCAUGACCUUGACAGAAAAGAUAACAGGACCAGUUCAUUUUUUUUAAAAAAAAGAUAUUUAUUGAGAAUUUAAAAUUACAGAGAAAAAAAGAAAGAAAACAAGAGAAAAAGAAAAAGAAAGAAAAAGGUAGACAAAAAUAACAAUUGAACAAUACAAGUCAAUAAAAACCAAAGUCAAAGAAAAAAAACACACACAAUACAUCAGAAUCAAAAAACAAAAAUAAACAAAAUUUUUAAAAUUGGUUUAAAACAAAUCCAAUAUUCCCAAAUCCUUAUUUUCCAUUAACUUAUUUCAUCGACCUCCUCACACCUCCCUUUUUUGUAUUCUAGUUAUUAAUUAUCUCAGCAAAUCCUUUCCAUCUUUCACAAUAUUCUGUCAUUAAAUUACCUUAAUCUAUUUUGACCUUAUCUUACCAUAAAAGAACCCUAAAGCUUAAAACUUAAGUCUUAUUUAUACCUAAUUCUUUUAAGCAUAACGUAUUCUUACAUAAUUCUUUUUAACAUUUCUACUAAAGCCAAAUAAUUUCAUUCCAGCAUUUUUCUAGUACUCAUUAAUUUUACGAUUAUUUUCUAAAUAAAUUCUUAAAACUUUCUUCCAAUCUUCAUCCAUCGUCUCUUAUUCCUGGUCUCGGGUUUUGUCAGUCCUUUCUAUCCCAUCCAACUAGUCCAUCAACCUGGUGACCUUCUAUCCGAGGCUCUUAAGUCUUUUCCAUGUCCCUUCCGCAGGUCUUCUUCAUGUUUGUACCUGUACUUUACUUUGUCUUCUGCUGAUCUUAUUCUUAAUUUCCUUCCUUUCUCUCAGGGAGACUCCAACUUGACCAUAUCUUUGUCCCUUCUCGACAAGUCAGCCCAUUCUCCAUAGUCGACAUUGAAAUCCAUAUGAUAUUUAGAGGCAUGUUUCAAAGUCCCUCCAAAGUUAAAGGCCCCCACAACUCACAACUCCCCCUGGCCCAAAGCCAAAUUCGAAAGGUCAAAACAUCCCUGCAUAGGGGGAUCUAUCCAGCUUCCCAUCUCCAAGCCAAACAGAACUCCAUCUCUCCAAAUCUGACUUUCUCCAGAUUCAUUCGUCAGAUCCAACAACUUAUGCUCCUGCAGGGCCGCAGCUCUAUCCAUUUCUGCUACUUGAGUUUCAGCAACAACCUCCUCCUUUAUCUUCUUCACCACUUGAUCUGUCAAAGCACAUUCCUGGAUUAAUUCCUGAGUGGGUUCUAUAUAGGUAUUCACUGUUUGUUCAAGAUUUCCGACUGCAACAGUCAUCAAAUCCAUUUUCUCAUGUAGCUGUUCCAGUAAAGCACUUGUCUUGCAAAGAGCAAGCACUAACGCUUGUUCUAGGCACAUUCUUGUUCAAGGUCAAAGUCUGGUCCCACGAUCUUUAAUCUCUACAGCUGCAAAGCUCCCCAGAUCGACUCUAAUAACAGUUUCACAAGCUCCCUCUAGGGGAAACAAUUUCUAUUUGUAUCCGUCUUUUUAAAAGCAGAUCUAGCAACAAAGUUCCUUUCCUUUUUCAGAUAUUUUGUUUCUUUUAAAUGCAAGAGGGAACAUUGGAAUCAAUAUGUUUCUCUUUUUUAACUAUCUGUCAAAAAGUUUGUCCACAGUCAAUGAACUUCCCCAAAACGUCCGUCCUGACACCCCGCUCCCAGGUUCAAGACGGUGGAAAUUUAUCUUUCUUUACUCUCUCUUCUGCAGGUUUAAACAGUCUAAAAAGAUUCCCCCCCCCUUCUGCUUCCAAGGGGGUUUAGUAAUUUUAAAUGAUGAAAAUUUAAUCCUUUACAGACUACUUUCCAGACUCUAGCUUGCAAUGUCUUUGCUUCAAUCUAUUUACAAAAGCGGAAGGCGGACUUCCUGUUUAGACCUUCCCGCUUCUGUGCCAAAUUAAGAAAUUUCAUAGUCCAAUUUUCCCUUCUACUAACGGGCAGUUGUUUAAAAUCCAAUUGUCCACAGGAAAAAGUCAGCGCUCUCCGGCAACAGCAAUGCGGCUUCACUCCGUGAAAAAAGCAGUCGAUUCGAAGCACCGCGCCACUCACCCCACGUCGCUCCGGAUCCCCAAAACAGGGUUUCCCCGCGAGUAGGGGGGGCGCAAAGGUGCCAGCCGAAUCCCACGUCCACAGGCUUCUCCCGCCUGUGGUUUUUAAUGGGUCUCCGCCUCGCCGCGGCGGUCCAGACCCUAAUUCUCACGAAGCGGAUUCCUCCCGAUCAGAGGAAAUCCGCCAUUGCCAGAGGCACUAACCCGGAAGUCUGCGAUAACAGGACCAGUUCAAGCCAGCGUCUCUGAAGGGAUAACUCAAACAUCAUGAAUUGUUUAAAUUAAAAAAUUGUCCAGUAGCACCUUAGAGACCAACUAAGUUUGUUCUGGGUAUCAGCUUUCGUGUGCAUGCACACUGUUUCUUUCACACAGAGAAGCUUCCAGAAAGAACCCUCUUGAAUUAAUUAGAAUAGGAAAGAUCUCUACACAUCAGAUCAAUACUUUCUGUACUAAGAAAUACAAAGUGACAGAUUUUUUGUUUAGAAAUGUAACAUAAUAAAAUAAAAUAAACCUCCAGUGAGGCCUUUCCCAUGUAAAUGUGUUUAAGACUGAAGUGUUAGACUGAAAGGCUAACAUUUUGAACUUUAUAGUAAAUCCCAAUGAAUUCAGAGAGAUUUACAUGUAUUGUCUUCAUAAGCAUGGUGGGCUUGAGGUGAGACAUCUUUAUUUUCUAAUGUACAUUGUAAGAGCAGGAUAGAAAUUAUUGAAUGAAUAAACAAACAAACAAACAAACAAACAUUGAUGGUUCUUGCUCUUGAAGACACAUUUCUGGAGAUGAAACGGUUCUAUCUUCCAAUUUCUUCUGUACCUUCAAAUGUAAAGUAGUAUGCUACACCUUUUCCCAAAAUAAUUUUUUACAUGUGUAGUCUUUCUUGCUAUGUAAAAGCCUUUAAAUAUUUCCGGAACAUAAUCGUCUGUAGUUCAGUAACACUUUGUCAUCUUUGCACAGGCUGCAAGUUGGGCGAAGCUUCCGAUUUUAUUGUCCGCCAAGGUACCCUCAUCCAGGUUCCGUCUUCUGCAGGAGAUGUUGGUUGCUAUAAGAUCUGCACGUGUGGCCAGAGUGGGCUGCUGGAAAACUGUAAGGAACUGCACUGUGUUGACCUCCAAAAAUCAUGCAUUGUUGGAGGGGAAAGAAAAGGUAUGUACUGUUGCAGAUUAUUAAGCUCUGAAAAUUUCCUGUUCUCUGGUAGCAUAAGGAAGGGCAUUUGAGAGUGCAACUCCCAAACUGGCUCAGCCUCAGGAAGCAAAGUUUAUGUUGGGAUCUUCAGUGUCUUAGACUUGGUGGUUGUUAAAAGUUUUGUUCCUGGCCAGCUUCCCUAGGUAGGUGAAGUUAUAUACGUGAGGGAGAGCAAGGAGUCCAGAGUAAAUGUGGGCACCUUGGGGCCUUUUCCCCACCUUGCUUUUUCUGAGGAGGUGCAGGGUGACAGAGCAGUGGCAAUAGUUCUCUUGCCUGCCACCUUUCGUCUUUGUCCGGCUAUUCCUCUUUCCUCCCCCUGGGACCUUCCAGUUGGAGAGUUUUGCUCCCUGUAGGGUGCAGACUGUUGUUUCUGCUUUUCCCUGAAGCACCUCUUUAUUAAUGCAUUUGUUUUAUUUUAAGGCCACGGAAAACCUUUCAAAAUAGGUUGCAAUGUCUGUUCUUGUUUUGCUGGGAAUCUGAUCUGCUCCACUCGCCAGUGUCUAAAUGAAUACAACUCAGAUGAUGAGCAUGACAUUACAGGUAGGAUUUGUGUUGUGUGGUGCGUUUUAUUUUCUGGCUGUACUUUGCCCAGAUAUUCCCUGUAGCAACUUUUUGAGGCUGCUAUUGAAGACAGUUCAGUGGCUUGUCCAGUAUUCAGAAUCCAGCAGUUAAAUGCAAAGCAAUUUUUGCAUUUUUCUAAUUCUAAUAAUUCUAAUAAUAAAUGAAUGUUCAUAUCUUCCUGUAACAGAUUUAAAAAAGAAGAGCCAUGCUCCCAACACAGCUGUGCGAUUAAAUUCUUUUAUUUCAGUGGGCUUAAGUGUGGUUAAACUCUGUGUUGGAUCAUGGCUGUUCAAAUCAGGCUUGCUAGUCUGCGCUUUUGCUAUAGAUAUUAGGAGAACACACCUCAGAAUUCCAGCCUCUUUGGGAAUCUGCAAGUUCCUAACAAAAGCUUUAACUCUUUCAGGUCUGCCAUGUAACUGUGCUGAUCAGUUUGUCCCAGUGUGUGGACAGAACGGUCGUACCUAUCCAAGCGUAUGUAUAGCACGUUGUGUUGGGCUUCAGGACAAUCAGUUUGAAUUUGGAUCCUGCAUCUCCAAGGAUCCUUGCAACCCUAAUCCCUGCCUUAAAAAUCAGAGGUAAAUAUUUAAGAAAAUCUGUAGCACUCUAGGAAAUUAGCUUGCUUAUAAAAAUUCAGUUGUGCCAUAACAUAAUUUGGCUUACGUACAGACAAGGAUGAAUUCAAACUAGUCACCAUAUCAGUCAGUAGGUGUUCUGCUUAACUUGUACAUUGAUCAUUUUCAAGAGGAGAUUUCGAUUUUGCCCAUUUGUUUUUUCUUGCAGUUUCCUUCCUAUUGUGUUAUUUUUUGUAAGUAAUUGGUUGCCGUAGAUUUGCUAUUGGGAGAGUCGUGAGAGGUCCCACCUCAGAGAAUGUGAUCUUUCACCCCGUCUUCCUGCACCCUGGAAGUGAAGCAUACAACUACAUAUGCAGUGCCCUUCUGUCUACAAGAACAACAUAAAUUCUUAGGUUUAUAGAGGACUGGAAUUCUUUUUGUGUUUGUAAUGCAACUGGGUACUUAAAUAUUUUUGGCACAUUACUUUUCUGCCACUCUUUUGGGGCCAGUGUUAACCUCUGCUUUUUUCAAAAUUAUCUCAAUCUGUUUUUUUUAUAUUUUUGGAAAAAUAACAAAUAACAUGAAAACAUUAUUUAAUCCAGAUGUAUACCAAAGCCACAGGUUUGCUUAACGAGUUUUGAGAAGUUUGGAUGUAACCAGUACGAAUGUGUGCCCAGACAAUUCAAUUGUGGUAACCAGUUGCGAGAUCCUGUUUGUGAUACAGACAAUAUAGAAUAUAGCAGUCCAUGUGUUCUGCACCAAAAAGGGAAAAGUGUAUCAUACAAAGGUCCAUGUCAGGUAUGGAAUAAUCUUUCACAUUACUUAAAUAUGGUUUUUAUUGUUAAAUAAAGGUGGACCCAACCAAACUUGUUCCUCUCUGGGUCAUUUUUCCUGCUUUGUGCUUCCUCUGUGUUAUAUUUAACCAGGUGAGAGAAUUUGAAUGCACCAUAUAUUUUAUUAAAAAGGCAUUUAUUCGCACUGUGCCACCUGAGCCGAAACUGCUAGUCACUAUGGAUAAUGGCACAGUCCUUCUGGGGCUUUGAGGUGUUAAAUUACUGAUUUGGAACUUCUGUUACUCCUCAAACUCCAUCUUAAUUUUGAUAUUUAUAGUACUACUAUAAUGGUAGAAACCAAAGUAUUGGGAGUAUUAAUACCACCUAAUAUCUGUUAGUUGGUUAUACAAUUUCAGACUGGGUCAGGUGUUUGAAUCCACCUCCAUAAAAAUGUUUCUCAGACGUGCAGAAGUGCAUGUUAAAGACAAAACUAACUUUCAGCCUUCUUGCAAGUUUUAUACAUGUAAGGAGUAUUCUAUUUCGGGGAGUGUUCAUUCAUUUGACUCUCCACCUGUACUCAAAUAGUAUAGCUGAGCAUCAUCUUGGGCAUUUUGUCUGCUUUCUCUCCGUGGCUUUUAAAAUUAUUACUGUUGAGCCAACAUGUAGCCAUGUCAAACAGCCCAUUGGGGCUCCCUGUCAAAAACAUAGGUAUUUUUAUGAUGUCCUGGGGAUUGUAAGAGAUCAUACUAGCUAGGAAAAAGAUACCGUAUUUUUUGCUCUAUAAGACUCACUUUUUCCCUCCUAAAAAGUAAGGGGAAAUGUGUGUGCGUCUUAUGGAGUGAAUGCAGGCUGCGCAGCUAUCCCAGAAGCCAGAACAGCAAGAGGGAUUGCUGCUUUCACUGCGCAGCGAUCCCUCUUGUUGUUCUGGCUUCUGAGAUUCAGAAUAUUUUUUUUCUUGUUUUCCUCCUCCAAAAACUAGGUGCGUAUUGUGGUCUGGUGCGUCUUAUAGAGCGAAAAAUACGGUAGUUUGCAGUCUACAGUUGAAAGCAAUUCAGCACAGUAUUGUAGGAAGGUUCUUCAGCUUUCCUUUUUUUCUGGCAUCCUUCACUAUUUUAAAUUCAGUCAGAGCUUUUUUCCACAAUUCUUUUUUUUUUUUUUUAAAGCAAUUUAUUGGAUUUUACAAUAGGAAUAAAUGUAAUAAACAAUAUAACAUUCGUCUUAACAUAAUUUCACAUUUUCUUUGGACUUCCUCACAUCUCCCGCUCCCACCUUCAUCAUUAUAACAUUUUGUCAGCAAUUUAUCAUCUUAUUUAAAUUCUUAUAUCUCUUCGAUAUUUCAUGAUCUUAUAGUUCUCAUAAAGAGUUAAACUUUCACAGUUUUUCUUAUUUUCUUAAAAACUUCUAAGUUAAGUGGUGCUCAGUUAUUUAGUCUAGCAUCUUAUUCAGCAUUCAGUCAAAUCACAAUGUUUUUGUAGGUAGUUCUUAAAUUUCUUCCAAUCCUCCUCGAUUCUCUCUUCUCCCAGGUCACGGAUUCUGCCAGUCAUUUCAGCCAGUUGCAUAUAGUCUAUCAGUUGCAUCUGCCAUUCUUCCAGUGUGGGUAGAUCUUGAGUUUUCCAAUGUUUUGCGAGUAGUAUCCUUGCUGCUGUUGUUGCAUACAUAAAAAAUGUUUGGUCCUUCUUUGCCACCCCUUGGCUGACAAUACCCAAAAGGAAAGCCUCUGGUUUCUUAGUGAAAGUAUAUUUAAAUACCUUUUUCAAUUCAUUAUAAAUCAUUUCCCAGAACGCCUUCACUUUAGGGCAGGUCCACCAGAGGUGAAAGAACGUUCCUUCACACUCUUUACAUUUCCAGCACUUGUUAUCAGACAGGUGGUAAAUUUUUGCGAGUUUGACUGGGGUCAUAUACCAUCUAUAAAUCAUUUUCAUUACAUUUUCUUUCAAAGCAUUACAUGCAGUAAAUUUCAAUCCAUUACUCCACAGCCUUUCCCAGUCCUCAAACAUAAUAUUAUGCCCAAUAUCCUGUGCCCACCUUAUCAUAGCCGAUUUAACCAUUUCAUCUUGUGUAUUCCAUUCCAACAGCAAGUUAUACAUCCUUGAAAGUAUCUUAAUCUUUGGUUCUAACAAUUCUGUUUCUAAUUUCGAUUUCUCCACCUGGAACCCUAGUUUCUUAUCAUUUUUAAAAACUUCUUUAAUCUGAGCAUAAUGUAACCAAUCUCGCACUUUGUCUUUCAUUUUCUCCAAACUCUGCAAUUUCCAAUUGUCUCCAUCUUUUCUAGUAUUUCCCAAUAUUUUGGCCAUUUGGCCUCCAUAUUGGGUCUUUUUCGGGCCUUAGCUUCCAAAGGUGAAAGCCACCUUGGUGUUUUAUUUUCCAGCAAGUCUUUAUAUUUUGUCCAGACAUUAAACAGUGAUUUUCUAACAAUAUGGUUCUUAAAGGCCUUAUUUGCUUUAACUUUGUCAUACCAUAAAUAUGCAUGCCAUCCAAAAACAUUGUUAAACCCUUCCAAAUCUAACACAUCAGUGUCUUCAAGAAGUAGCCAAUCUUUUAGCCAGCAGAACGCUGCGGCCGUAAUACAACUUUAAGUCCGGCAGGGCAAAGCCCCUCUUUGUUUUGCAUCAGUUAGUAUCUUAAACUUAAUUCUGGGCUUUUUGCCCUGCCAGACAAACUUCGAAAUGUCUCUCUGCCACUUCUGAAAGCACUCCAUUUUGUCCAAAACCUGAAGUGUUUGAAAUAAAAACAACAUUCUUGGCAAUACAUUCAUCUUAAUCGCAGCAAUUCGGCCUAACAAAGAAAGUUUCAAUUUUGACCAACUGUCUAAGUCUCUCUUAAUUUCUGUCCAACAUUUUUCAUAGUUAUCCUUAAAUAGACUUAGAUUUUUGCUGUUAUGUUUACCCCUAGGUAUUUUACUUUUUAACCACAUUAAGUUCCGUCUCAUUCUGAAACCGUUCUGACUCUGUCUCAGUCAAAUUUUUCCCAAAACCUUGGUUUUCUGUUUAUUUAAUUUAAAUCCCGCCACCCGACCAAAGUCAUUAAUCAAUUGUAAUACUCUUUUCGUACUAGGCUCUGGCUUCUGCAAGGUCAAAACCAGGUCAUCUGCAAAAGCUUUUAGUUUAUAUUGUUUCUGACCAACCUGAAUUCCUUCCACCAACUGGUCCCCUCUAAUCAUGUUCAAUAGCACUUCCAGAACCGAAAUAAAUAACAAAGGGGAGAUAGGGCAACCUUGUCGUGUCCCUUUUUCAAUUUUGAACUCUUCUGUAACCACAUUAUUAACUAUCAGUUUAGCUUUCUGUUCUGAAUAUAUCGCCUCAAUCCCAUUCUCAAAACCCCGUCCCACUCCCAUCUCUUUUAAGUUUCCCAUCAUAAAUUUCCAAGAAAUAUUAUCAAAGGCCUUCUCCGCAUCUAUAAAAAUUAAAACUGCUUUUGUAUUUAUGUCAGUUUGGAGAAGUUCCAAGAUAUCAAUAAUGUUCCUUGUGUUAGCAAACAGAUGUCUACCUGGGAGAAAACCGGCCUGGUCCUUAUGAAUUACUUCAUUUAAAACUUUUUAAAUCUACUUGCCAAAAUAUCUGCAAAUAUUUUGUAAUCCACAUUUAAAAGGGAGAUGGGACGGUAGUUCUUCAGUUGUGUCUUUUCAGCUUCUGACUUUGGUAUCAAUGUGAUAAACGCUUCCUUCCACGAAUCCGGUGCCCUCUUCCCCUCCAUAAUUUCAUUGCUAACCUCCAUCAAGGGUUGUAUCAAAUAGUCUUUUAGUGUCUUAUAAUACUUGGAGGUCAGCCCGUCUGGCCCUGGAGAUUUGCCAAGUUGCAUGUUCUGAAUAGCUUGUUCAAUCUCCUGUCGUGUUAUUUUAGAGUUCAGGGUUGUCCUAUUUUCUUGUGACAGUUUAGAUAAUCCAUUUUUGCCAAAAAUUGUUUAAUCUCGACUUCGUCUUGCGGCCCUUGGGUAUAUAGUUUUUUAAAAUAUCUCUGGAAACACUUUCUAAUGUCCACUGGAUUCUGAAUGUUUCUUCCAUCGACCUCUAAAUUUGUAACCGUAUUUAAUCUUUGUCUUCUCUUCAACUGCCAAGAUAGCAGUUUUCCACAUUUAUUCGCCGACUCAAACGUUUUUGUUUCAUUAAUUUAAUCUUCCAUUCAAUUUCCUGAUUUAUCAAUUUAGAAUAUUGUGUUUGAUACAGUUUAAUUUCUCUCAGAGUUGGCUGUGACUUUGGAUUCACUCUUAAUUUCUUCUCUAAUUCUUUUAUUUUAUCCAAGAUCUUGUCUUUUUCUCAUUUUGUGUUUUUUUCCUUACUACAUUCUGUUGUAUCAAGAAUCCCCUCAUGACAGCUUUGCUUGCGUCCCAGACGAUUCUUUUUCCACCGAAUUAUUCAUGUUUAUCUCGAAAUAGUCUUUCAAAACUUUUUGGGCCUUCUUGGUAAUUUCCUGAUCUCUAAACAAAUUGUCAUUCAUCUUCCAUCUAAAGGAUCCAGUUGGUAGUAGUGUCAUAUCCAUCUUUACUGCGUUGUGGUCAGAGCAGGUCUUUGGGCAGAUUUCCACUUUUCUAACCCUAGGUGCCAGGCCUCUAGAAAUCCAUAUUUGGUCGAUUCUUGUCCAGGUCAGUUGGGCUUCAGAAAAGAAUGUUCCUUCUCUACCUAGUGGGUUCUUUGUUCUCCAAAUGUCGAUCAAGUCCAUAUUGUCAGUCAUUUCAAAAAAAGGUUUUAGGUAGUCUGCCAUCUUUUGUAACAUUUUGACUUUGCGACUUGUCCAUGUUAGUUGAUACGACCCCGUUCAUGUCUCCCAUCAUUAUGAUGUUGUUGUAAUCCAGAUGAUCCAGCAUUGUCCCCUGCAACUUCUUGUAAAUUCCGAUUUCCCUUCAUUGGGUGCAUAGAUUCCUAAUAUCAGCAGUUUCUCUCCUUGAUAUUUGUAUCUCAAUAGCCAAAAUCCUUCCAUGUUCAUCUUUAAAUAGAAAUUUAGGUGACAGGCUCUCUUUUGCGUAUAUCACCACUCCUCUCUUCUUCACUUUAUCCGACGAAAUAAAUUCCUGGCCCAAUCUUUUAUUUAUUAACACUUUUCUGUGGAGCCUCGUCACAUGUGUUUCUUGUAAACAGAUAAUGUCCAAUUGUUCUUUUUUUAAUAUAUGAAAUAUUUUCUUCCUUUUUUCCGGAAUGUUACAACCAUUAAUAUUCCAGCUCAACAGUUGCAGAGACAUCCUGGAUCUGUCUGGUUAUUUCUCCCGGGGUGGUGUCUUCUCUGGAUCUUCAAGUUCCCCAGGUGCAGGUGUUAAUGCUGGCUUUGCCCCAGGCCCGGAAGGUAGUUCAAUUCCUUUUUGUAGGUCCUCUCCGUAUGUAGCCAGAAAUUUAUCUCUCUCUUCCAAUGAUCUAAUUUUGACCUUUCUCCCUUUAAAGGUAAAAGAUAAUCCUUGGGAAAUUCCCACCUGAAUGGAAUUGCGUUGCUCCUUAAUAGUUUAGCAAGUUCAGAGUAGGCGGCUCUGAGAUCCAACAGUUGUCUUGGAAUAUCUUUAUAUAUCUCAAUUCUUCUAUCCAAAACCUCCAGUGACUUUUCGUAAUGUAGACCCAAAAUCUUAUCCCUUUCCUCCUUCGAUCUCAAUGUAAUCAAACAAUCCCUGGGCCUCUCCUUCUUUAUAAAUCUUCCAAGUCUGAAAGCUGACACAAUUUUAAAGUCCUUUUCUUCCAAAUUCCAGAACUUGGAAAGUUCUUUGGUCAAAAACUUUUUUCCACAAUUCUUUUAAAGUUGAGCUACUGUGACCUGCAGGCAUUCACAAAGCCUAAAGUAGGGUCAAUGGCAGCGUAAAACAAUGAUUUUACUAAUGAAGUCCAUAGCUUUUCACUUUCUCAGUAGGCUUAGAGAAGUUUUCACAGAACUGCUUUUUUCUUCCCUGAAGUGGCUUAUUCAAGUCACUUCCCCCAGUAUCAACAGUUUCAGGCCCCACAAUAGGCAGGGAACCAUUGAUGGUACUGCCACUGGGAGGUGCCUGGAAAUGCCCUCCCUGACAUACAGCUGUUUCUCUAACUUUUAGGAAGAACUUUAAAACAUUCCUGUUCCCCCAGGCAUUUGCUGGCUGAAAGAUACAAUUUCUGGCAACCUUGACAUUGUUAACUGUGAGGGCAUGUGACUGCUUUAGGCAUUUUCAAAUGUUCAUUUUUUAAAAGGUUUCAAAUAGAUGUUCAUUUUAUUUUUAAUAGUAUUGAUUUAUCACUUUGGCAUUUGCUAGCUUAGGUUAUUUUGGGAGAAAGGUGGAACAGAACUUUAAUAUAUUUUUAUCCAGUUUCUGGUAAUUGUAUACAGAUAGUUUGCUGAGUAGUUUCAGAGAUUACAUUAUGCAUUUAAUUUGCUAUGAACUGUAGAUCUAUACUGUUUCCAUUUUCCGCUUUGUUCCAUUUUCCAGUCAUUUUGCAAAUCAGUUGAUUUGGUAUGUGGCCAUAAUGGUGAAACCUACAACAAUGUGUGCGCUGCGUAUUCUGAUCGUGUGGCUAUAGACUACAAGGGACCUUGUCAAGCUGUAGGAGUCCUUUCUGACUACAGUUAUCAAGGAGAAUGUGCGUCUGUUACAUGUCCUCGUCUUGCAGCAACUGGAUACAAGUCAGUAACCCCACCAGGUCAGAAAACGGAUAUUGCUAUUCUGAAAGGCAGCGAUAGAAAAGUAGUGGAGUGGGACCUAUUAGAAGGAGCAUAGUUUUGGAUGCCUUUCUUACCUGUAUUAGAUUUCCUGAUAGACAGUCUAGUGGGAGCAGUUCUUGGGUGAACCCAUAAUCAUACGUUUUCUGUUUUCACCUUGGGGAGGUAUGUGCACAGAGUGGCCUGCUCUCCAGUGCAGUCUUUCUCCCCUCUUCUGUGGAAGAAAAGCAAUCUGACAAAUCCGGAGAUAGUUCUCACAUUGCUGUGUAAAUCUGAGGAUUCAAGAGCAGUUCAGCACAAGUCAUGUACAGAAAGGUGCCCAUCCUGCAAACCAACACCAUACAAAUUUGCCCUGUGUAAAACGGAUGUGCACUCAAGCCCUGGCUUGUGCUUGAGUCACAAAUGUUUAGAACAGAAGUAGUUGUAGAAUCCAUGAACUGUUCAUUUUCAUUCUUCUUUCAACAUAUUUUUAACUUACUAGAAUCUGCUGCCAUAAGACAUGUUUAUAGGUAUUAGCUUAUAUGGUAUAAGCUUAGAGAAUUAGACCUGCUAAGGAACUAUGGGACACGGGUGGUGCUGUGGUCUAAACCACUGAGCCUCUUGGGCUUGAGAUCAGAAGGUCGGCGGUUCAGAUCCCCGCGACGGGGUGAGCUCCCGUUGCUCGGUCCCUGCUCCUGCCCACCUAGCAGUUCGAAAGCAUGUCAAAGUGCAAGUAGAUAAGUAGGUACCACUCCGGUGGGAAGGUAAACAGCGUUUCCGUGCGCUGCUCUGGUUCGCCAGAAGUGGCUUAGUCAUGCUGGUCACAUGACCCGGAAGCUGUAUGCCGGCUCCCUUGGCCAAUAAAGCAAGAUGAACGCCGCAACCCCAGAUUCGUCCGCGACUGGACCUAACGGUCAGGGGUCCCUUUACCUUUAAGGAACUAUGAGAGAAUUGUAGAGUUGGGUCCCCAAGGGCCAUCCAGUCCAACCCCCUGCAAUGCAGGAAUCACAGCCGAAGAAUCCGAGACAGAUGGUCAUCCAACAUCCGUUUAAAAAAUUCCAAUGAAGGAGAGUCCAUCGCCUUCUGAGGGGGUCCGUUCCACUAUCAAACAGCACUUACUGUUAGAAUGGUCUUUCUUUUUUAUCUUUUAAAAAAAUGCAUAUUUAUUAUUAUUAUUAAUUACGUUAUUGGGUUUUUUUAACAGUAACAUGAUAAAUACAUCCGAGAAAACAAAGCAAAACUUGGUCGGAAUAUUCUUUCUAAUAUUUAGUUGGAAUCUCCUUUCUUGUAACUUGAAUCCCUUAGCUUCUUCCUACCCUCUGGCUCUGUCUCCCAUGUGACAGCCUUUCAGAUAUUUGAAGGCGCUAUCAUGCCACCUCUCUGUCUUCUCUCCUCCACUGUUCCUCAUAAGGCUUGCUUUCCAGACACUUUAUCCCCUUGGUCACUCUCCUCUGCCUGCACACAUUCCAGCUUGAUGACAUGUAUGCAGCUAUGUCCAUGAAAGGGCUGUUGCCUUCGCGUUUUGCAUCUGGUUGAUCACUGUGUGAAGCAGGAUGUUGGAUAGAUGGGCCUUCAGUAUCACCCUCCAGGAUCCUUACAGUCCUCUGGCAUUUUUAGAGAACUCAAGAUGAACCCAUAAGCUGUACAUUCCUUUUACAAGUCACUCUACUCUGUCUCUCUCUGGGGGUCUGCUUGUUAUGCAGGAGCUUGCUGUUCUUUGUAUGCUGCAAUUCUCAGGGUCUUGUAUGAUAAAGAAAAGCUGGAUACCUUCGCCAAGGUAAGUACCUCAAGUUUUCUUAUGACAACUUUAUAGUAUUAUGCGGGGCUUUUUUUCAGCCAGAAACUCUCAGGUGAGCACCACUGCCAUUCUAAGAGUGAAGGAAACCUUCAUAGUGAGUUCUGGCACCUCUUUUUCUUGAAAAAUGGCACUGCUAUUAUGGCUGUAGUCCAGCCCCCAGUUCUGUCUGAAAAGGCAUUCAAUGUAAUUUACAACUGCAUUUGAAAUGGGGUGAGUUCAAACAAGGCUUUACUAGUGGAUGCUAUGAUCUUAGUCAUAAAUAAAAAAGGGACGCUCUUGCAUGUGCACUGUGCAGCCUACAUCUGCAAUGGGGGUGGAUAUUGAAGGCUACCUGCCAAGUGAUUGCCUCCCAUAGUGUGUUUAUAACCACUUGGUAUGCCAGACACCCAACAUUCUUGUAGUGAAAAGGAGGACUUUUCCCAGUCCCCAGAUCACCAGAUUUGGUUAUAUAUUAUUGAGUGUGGAGUUGUCCGAAACGUGUACUUUCUGUAAUGGAUGAAAAGUUAGUAGAGUUAGGAAAAACGAUGCCUUUUGCAUCUGAAAAGAUAUUUGUACUCACUUGGCAAAUCUCUAUUGAUGGGAAAUGCAUCUUUUUUCCUAAUGAUACCAGCUUAUUAUCUCUCUAGCAGAUUAACACAAUUUUGUAAAAUGUCAUUAAUGGUACAGAAAUUUCAUUCUUCUUCUAGAUAACCAACAAAGGGCCAAUCACUGUACUUGAAAUACUUCAAAAGAUCCGCCUCCAUGUGUCUGUGCCACAGUGUGAUGUUUUUGGAUACUUCAGCAUAGAAUCUGAAAUCGUGAUCCUCAUCACACCUGUUGAUCAAAACCCUAAGCCUCUUCAGGUAUAAUUCACCAUGGGGGGCGGAGGAUUGCAUGGGGCUUUAUCUAUCUUGUUAGGCAUAAAUGUUAAUAAUGAAACGCUGCAAAUAUGUAAGAACAAAACAGCUUAGAGCUCCAACCAAUUGCUCCAAUGAGUUAAUUAGACUGCUGUGGAGACUAUGCACCAGAGCAACUCUGUCUCACACCUGCUUCCUGAAGCUGAAACUUGGCAGAUGCCGUGGAGCUAACUACUAAUCCAAAGACUGGGUGAGAUCCCAUGGACAGUAAUACUAAAAGGAAAGGGAGUUCAUGAUGGCUGGGAGUUUGUUAAGAGGGAGAUAGUAAAAGCACAACGUCAGGCAAUACCAAUGAGACGGAAACAUGGAAGGUGCCUAAAGAAGCCAGGGUGGCUAUCUAAAGAACUUUUAACUGAGUUAAGAUUAAAAAGGAUGUGUACAAAAAUGGAAAAGGGGGAAACCACCAAAGAGGAAUUCAAACAAAUAGCCAGCACGUGUAGACACAAAGUCAGAAAAGCUAAAGCACAGAAUGAACUCAGGCUUGCUAGAGAGGUUAAAAGCAACAAAAAAGGCUUUUAUGGGUAUAUUCGUAGCAAAAGGAAGAACAAAGAAACAGUAGGGUCACUCAGAGGAGAAGAUGGUGAAAUGCAAACAGGGGACACAGAAAGGGCUGAACGUGUCCAGAGGAGGGCAACCAAAAUGGUCAAAGGCCUGGAAACGAUGCCUUAUGAGGAACGGCUAAGGGAGCUGGGCAUGUUUAGCCUGGAGAAGAGGAGGUUAAGGGGUGAUAUGAUAGCCAUGUUCAAAUAUAUAAAAGGAUGUCACAUAGAGGAGGGAGAAAGGUUGUUUUCUGCUGCUCCAGAGAAGCGGACACGGAGCAAUGGAUCCAAACUACAAGAAAGAAGAUUCCACCUAAACAUUAGGAAGAACUUCCUGACAGUAAGAGCUGUUUGACAGUGGAAUUUGCUGCCAAGGAGUGUGGUGGAGUCUCCUUCUUUGGAGGUCUUUAAGCAGAGGCUUGACAACCAUAUGUCAGGAGUGCUCUGAUGGUGUUUCCUGCUUGGCAGGGGGUUGGACUCAAUGGCCCUUGUGGUCUCUUCCAACUCUAUGAUUCUAUGAUUCUAUGAAAGACUGGGAGACCACCACCAGGAAGUGAUGCUGACUGCCCAUCACUGACUGGAACAGAAUCUGGGUCCUAGAGAGAGUUCUGGUAUGAAAUCAUAUCCAUUCCAUCAGAAUCUGGGCUAGGAUCAAGAAAUCCACUUUUUCCAAUGUCUGUAUUGAGGAUCACAGAAUCAGAGAAUCGUAGAGUUGGAAGGGACUCCACGGGUCAUCUAGUCCAACCCCAUGAAAUGCAGGAAUCUCAACUAAAGUAUCCAUGACUGAUGGCCAUCCAACCUCUGCUUAGAAACCUCCAAGGAAGGAGAGUCCAUUACCUCCCAAGGGAGUCCAUUCCCCUGUCAAACAGCUCGUAUUGUCAGAAGGAAUCUUCUUUCUUGUAACUUGAAGCCACUGGCUUGAGUCCUCCCCUCCAAAGCAGGAGAAAAGAAGGAGAAAAGAAGCCUGUUCCCUUUCCCAUGUGGCAGCCCUUGAGGUAUUUGAGGAUGGCUACCAUAUCUCCUCUCAGUCUCCUCUUUUUCAGGCUAAACAUACCCAACUCCUUCAGCCGUUCCUCAUCAGGCUUGGUGCAGGUGCAGAAUCCCAGUUCUUUUUAGGAAGUAAGAAAUGAAUAAAACGCAGAGUGCCUCUGGUCUAACAAACAAACUGGUUUUAUGGUUUCCAUAACUAGCAAAUUUUGAACCACUUUUAUGACUAGCUGAUGCUUAUCGGGAUUGCAGCAGAUAUGUUCUGAGGUUGUCUUUCUUCUGUCAGUAAUUUAUCCUGGGGUACCUAACGUGGUACUCUGCAGAUGUUGUUGGACUCCAACUCCCAUCAUCCCCAGCCAGCAUGACCACGGGUCACAGCUGAUGGGAGUUGUAGCCCAACAACGCCUGGAGGGCACCAUGUUCUCUACACCUGGACCAGAGCAUUUAAGGAUGCCAUCUGAAAUUGGGGGAGAGGGGAUAGGUUAAGGGGGAAAAUGCUAUUGGAUGUUUUAUGUAGUAGAAAGAUACUUUGGAAGCUCACUCUUCUUUUCCCUAGAUUGAAGCCUGCAAUAAAGAAGCAGAAAAGAUAGAAUCGCUGAUCAACUCUGACAGUCCUGCUCUAGCAUCCCAUGUGCCACUUUCAGCACUUAUCGCAGCCCAGGCGGAAGUUUCACGCAAGAUGUCUUCUUCUUGCAGCCUGGUUAUGCAAGCACAGUGUACUUUCUUCUGGAGCCUUGUGCUCACUUUCACAGCCACAAUAUUUAAUACGUAGUGGCAAGUGAGGUUUGUAAUUUGAUUUGCGAAAGACAUUCAGAACUUAACGGUGUAUUAAUAAUGUAACAUUAAUAAUGUUUCCGAGAGGAAACUAUAUGACCAAAGUGAUUACUCCACCCAGCACCAGCAAUAAUGUACAAUUUAGCUGGAAGACCGAUUCCCCCUGCCCUGAGUUGAAGGCUCUGCCUCUGGUGUGCACAUUCGUUUCUUUUGAUCCUCUUGUCAUUUUUCGUCAAACAGUUUUGGAGAAUUUUGCAAUGCUUCAAAAAUCAGGAAAAUGUGUUGAGUGAACAUGGUAGCAAGACAAAAGAAAUGACUGACUGGACAGUUAAAGUGCUAGCAUACCGCUUUCAACUAUAUGGAAGAAAAAACAUCCUCUGUCUCAAGCCUUAAGCUGAAGUCCCCCACUCGAGCCAGUGCUAUGCACAGUUAUUUGGAAGUAAGUCACACUAAGUUGCAUGGUGCUUACAAUGCGGUACAAGUCAGGUUUCACAUUUAGGAGCCUUGCCUUACCCUUGCAUUUGUUAAAACAGGGAUAGGGAACCUAUGGCCCUCCAGAAUUUGUCAAACUACAUUUCCUGUCAUCCCUGGCCAUUGACCAUUGCUGGCUGGGGUUGAUGGAAGUCGGGAUCAACAACAUGUAUAAGAAGGUGGUGAGCAGAACUAUCACUGCAGUGGAAACAGAAGUUUUUCACUUCCUGUGACUUUCUGUUCCUUUUGAGUGGAGGAGGCCAGCUAGUGACUGGAGAGGCUUGGCCUCAGGGGACUGCAGCCUUCCCACACUAGCUAGCCUCCUAUCUUUGGAGGGGUGGAAAGCAAGACAAAAUAGGUCUCACGCAGCAUACAGGGCUAUGCAUUCCUCCCUAUAUCAAAACUUGGAUGAAAGUGUGCACUUUUACCUAUGCAGGGGUGGCUUGGGAGCACAUGUCUCUGCCAAUGUUCCUCCACAGCCACAUAGAUAAACUACACACACAAAGCAGCAUCCUAAGCUUACUUAUGGGCCUGCUCGAUUAGUCUCUUGCUCUGUCCAGUCUCCAGGGACAGAACACCUGUUGUGAAGGCAAAGUAACUGUUGGAAGAUAUUUUGAUUUCCAUGUAAGAGGAAAUCAUUAUGCAAGUUCCCCCCCCACCAACCAAAACUUUGCAAUAAUUUUAUACACUAUUUGUCUAUUACUAAGAGGAGGGGUGGCUAACGACCAACCUGGGGGGGGGGGUGCAGUCCCCAAGCAAAUUUAUCUGUGCUCCCCAACACCCUACCAAUUAUGCUGGCGGCAAAAGCCAGGAAGCGGGGGUUAGGGAUAAUGCAGACAUGGAGCUGAGGUGGGCAGAGGUUUAAACUUCCCCAACUGGCCCUGAUGUGGAAGAUCACCCCUCCCCAGUCAACAGAUCAAUACGUUGAUGAGUGAGGAGCAGGGAAUAGCCCUUCCCCGUCAGCUGGUCUACACGGAUCAGCCAAGGAGAAGGGAGGCUCUCUGCGUAUGCAUGUUUGUGUGCGCAUGUGUGAGUGUAGGGGGGCCACACCCACUAUUGCCCUGCAGCCCCCGGUGGGUUGGCCAGAAGUGAAUGUGACCCUCAAGCCAAAAAAGAUUAGCAACCCCUGACUUAGAGGUAUAUCAUUCAGAAUAUUUUAAAACAUAAAUUUCUAAGUGAAACAAAUUGCUGCUACUUAACUUACCAAAAAAUGAACUGAAUAACUCAACUGUAAAUACAUUCUAUAUUUUAUUAUGAAGAAUAUAGCCAUGAGCCUAAUUCUGCAAAGAGUAGCAUGUUUGUGUAAAAUUCUACAUGCAAAGAAGGGUUUUGCAGAGUGUCCCUCCCGCAAUGUCAAUCAUGUUUUAAGCUAGCAUCUUUCUUACAUAAAAAAUGUAUGCAAUAUACAGAUGCAAAUGCAGUAUUCUCUUGACCCUUUUUUUAUAGAAGCAAAGUUAUGAAGAUUUCAAGCUAUUUAUAUGUCAUUCUAAAUAUUACAGUAUUUGCAUACUAUCUAAAUUUACACUUUAGUGUGUUCAUAUUUUAUACAAAGCAUAUGUUUUAAUUCUUGGGGCUCAGUCAGUGGGAAGAUCUCCGGUAGAAGCCUAUUUGAAGUAAAUCUGAGCUCUUGCGCAGCUCCUGUUCACUUCAGGAGGACAUUCCCAGGAGACCCAUUUGCUGGCUUGUGCCCUGUUCUUGUGCACCUGAACUUUAUCUAUAUGAAGUAUUUUGUAUCAGUAUUAUGGUAGCCAACUUUUGAAGUGUAUACAGGUUGCAUCGUCUUUGCCAAAUUGUUGAACUUUAAAAGGAGGAACUGAAAAUUAAUUUCAACGUUUCUGUGUCGUCAAAUGUCGUGGCAAGUGUUUUGUAUUCUUACAAAAAGGAAAAAAGUCUUUGCAAUGCAAUAUGAAAACCUUUAUUUUAAUAAAAAUAUUUUUUAUUUUC